AUGGCGCGCUUUUUGUCCCCGCUUGUGUGGGCCAAGCCCCUGCUGCUCUGCCUCUGGUUGAAGGGAUGCUGGGCAGUGUGGAGGUGCGGGAGACAAGGAUGGCCCGGGGGGGGGGGCUGAACGGGUUGGGAAGGGGAUGUCAGAGAGGCAGGUUUAAGGGUGCGAGAGGGGAAACGAGGAAGUGGGGGUGUCCAUGGCUCAGGGUAGCGAGCGGCCCUCAUGGUGAGUGCAGGUUGCAUCUUGUGAAGAGAAAGGUAACAGAUAUGAGGCAGAGCACUCCCCUAGCCGGCCACCCAGGGGCCGUUACAGUGGUACUUCGGGUUAAGUACUUAAUUCGUUCCGGAGGUCCGUUCUUAACCUGAAACUGUUCUUAACCUGAAGCACCACUUUAGCUAAUGGGGCCUCCCGCGCCGCCGGAGCACGAUUUCUGUUCUCACCCUGAAGCAAAGUUCUUAACCUGAGGUAAUAUUUAUGGGUUAGCGGAGUCUGUAACCUGAAGCAUAUGUAACCUGAAGCGUAUGUAACCCGAGAUACCACCGUACUUCGGUUUGCUCACUCUUCUCAGUCCGAGAGCCACAUUAGGAAUCCCCUCCGAGGGUUGCAUGCCAGUGGUGGGCAUAGUGAAAGUGAGCACAGCCAGUGCGCCCACUCUCUGACAUGGAAGGCGGCUGACAAAUUAGGCGAAGGGAAGGUUGUCUGGCAAACACACUCGCACUGCACCUUACUAAGAUACAUUAUUUGUCUAUAGUGAAUAGGUUUAUUAACAGAACCAUGUUACCAUGUUGGCAGAGACGAACUGAAAGCAGGCAAACCAUCUUAUUCAGUUCUCUGCCAUAUUUGUGCUGGUAUGGCAGAAGUGAGGACAGAGUGGCAUUUUCCCUCCGGCUAUUUCUGGUUUUUAUUUUUUCAGCCAAUUUCCCUCUCAUUAUUUCCAGUGGAAGAGAAACUGCAUGUACACAGGGCUGGCAUAUAUUUUCCCCAUUUCAGAAGCAUGUCAGGGGACGGAGAAUGCUAUGGAUCCAUUCAUUGGCAACAUGCCAUCACCAGACUGCCCUCAGCAUGCACCCUCUUUGCGUCUACAAACACUGGAGCUUGUAGUGUUGGAAGGCAAGGACUAGAAUUUUCCAUGACAGCAGUGUGGGAACUCUCACAACAGACCUCUCACUUUACCCUCAGAGAAGGAUCAGUGGUCUCUGGGAUGUCCUCCCAGGACAUCCCUGGGACUGCUUUAUCCUGUGAGAUCAGCAGAGAGACCUUCAAAUAUUUUCUGCUUCUCUUGGUUUAUUCAAUUCAUACCUGAGCAGGGGAAACAGGCCAAAAAAUCCAACAGAUACCAACAGAUAAAGCAGACAGCUGGAUACAGUAAUUCUUUAAGGAAGCAAUGAAUAUCUACCGGUAAUUGAUCAGACCAGGGUUCCUCAAGGAAGCCAAGAUAUUUAAAUCACAAACUGCAUGUAUAGUAUAGAGGUGUGCGUGUGCUCGUUAACAUCGAAAAACUAUGAAGAGUUUUGCCUUUGUUAAUGAGCACCUUGUUUUUUACUGUCUUUUCAGAUAUGAAACUUCAGUAGGGCAUUAUAUUCUAUUUACUGCAAGAACUGGUGUAAGUACUUCAUGUUUAAGACUACUGUCCAUACAUAGGCUAAGAUCUAAUUUGGCAAGUAGAACUGGGUCAAACCUUGAACCACCUUGUUACUGUAACUUUACUCAUUCCCACCCCGAAAGUCAAGUGACUUUUGCCUGCCCCAAUUUUCUCCCUUACGAGGGGCAGGGAGGUCUGGUGGGGGCAGUGGGAAACCAUGACCCAUCCCUAGUAACAAGGAACAUCCCAGAAAUUGGUCAUUCCACUGUCAUAGCUUUCAAAAAUUUACAAAAGUAGGCUGGAGAAUUCACUGCUGAAUUCCAAUUCAUGCAGAAAUCCAACACAAUAAUUUGUGCCAGGAUUCCCAAUAUUUGAUUAAAGUCAUUUUGGCAGCUUUGGGCUUGAGUGAUUCCAAGUUAUCUUUUCUUUGUCUAGAUACAUUUAGUGUAUGAAGGGACUUCAUUUGUUGAAUGGGAAUUUUCCGUAUUAUGUACUAUUGAUGAUAAAAGGUAAGGAAUGCAAAAAUGUGUAACACAGAUGUGGGGCUGUCCUGGGGGAGUGGAAUAGAGAAUGCCCUGUGUUCUAUGUGCUCCAUGGGGAGUAUGCUCAAACAUGAGCCCCAGUUGAAGACAAUACAUGCUAUAUUGUCUACGCUGGGAUUAGCUCAGUUGGUAGAGCAUGAGACUGUUGAUCUCAGGGUUGUGGGUUCAAGCCCCACAUUAGGCAAAAUAUUGCUUCAUUCCAGGGGGUUGGAUUAGAUGAGCCUUGUGCUCCCUUCCAACUCUACAUUCUAUUAUUCUAACUCCAGCUUUAUUGGGCUUUCACCCACAGUAUAGACUCAGGCCCCUAGUCUCACAUUCCCUUCUUCAGGCAAUACAGUCCCUUUAGUGAUCAGACUGGUCCUACUAAGCUUGCUUACUCAGGUUUCCCCACUUUAUGGUGGCUACAGGACAACAAUAUCCCCCUUUGAAAAUGUAUGAGACUUGGGCAGUGAUAAAUUCAAUGAUCUUCCUAUUAGCCCCUUCUGCAAACAGCCUAGGGUUACACAUAGUUAGAAAACAUUCUGUCAGAGGCAGUCUGAGAGGGAUAUGCAGGGGGAAAAAUAUGGGAGUAUGGAGAAGGAAAGAAGAAAAUGGAAUUUGCUACUACUGAAAUCCAUGUUUUUUUGUUAACAAGGAGAACAGAUAAUUUUUCUGGACCCAUAGAGCAGGUGGAUUAUUGAUUUUAAAAAGAUUUGUCACCUAGGGCUUGCCGAUCAGAAGGUUGGCAGUUCGAAUCCCCGCCACGGGGUGAGCUCCUGUUGCUCGGUCCCUGCUCCUGCCAACCUAGCAGUUCGAAAGCACGUCAAAGUGCAAGUAGAUAAAUAGGUACCGCUCCAGCAGGAAGGUAAACAGGGGUUCCUUGCGCUGCUCUGGUUCACCAGAAGCGGCUUAGUCAUGCUGGCCACAUGACCCGGAAUCUGUAUGCCGGCUCCCUUGGCCAAUAAAGCAAGAUGAGCACCACAACCCCAGAGUUGUCCGCUACUGGACCUAAUGGUCAGGGGUCCCUUUACCUUUACACACAGAAGACAAACUGCCACCUGGAAACAUGAGGAAUGUUAAAAUGUUUAUAUGUUCACACAAAUUGUCCUUUAAAUAAUCAUGGUUUGGAUAAUAGACUUUUGUCAUAGAGUCUCCUAGCACGGCUUUAUUAUUUCUACCCUGUUACCUCACAGCUGUGUGAUAAAGAUUAGACUAGGUCUGUGAUGAAGAAAAGUCCUUUUGCAGGAGGUUAUUGGUAUUACAGUUCUUCCACAGUGACUUGCAGAUGGAAAGAAGGCUUUUUCAGGAGGCUCCAAUUACGUUUUCUCCCAGUUGAGAUCAAACACCCUGGAAUCUCCAUCUCCUGACUGCCAGUGGCCAGUGAAAGUCUCUUGGAAAGGCAUUGAGGGUUGGAAAGGAACUGAACAUAGGUAGUUGCCUCCAUUCUCCUAGUGAAAAUGGCAAAGAUGUUUAGGAAAGAAAAUAACAGAUGCUGGAGACAGAAGGAAAAGAAGGAACAUUUUAUCAUAUGUGGUGGAAAUGCAAAUGUAUUAAAAAUACUGGGAAAUGAUAUAUAAUGAACUGAAAAAAAUGUUCAAAAUGAACUUUAUUAAACACCCCAAAACCUUUUCGCUGGGUAUCUCAAACCAAGAGCUGCCAAAAGAAUAAUGGAUACUAUUUAUGUAUGCUACAACAGCGGCAAGAAUCUUGAUUGGAUAAUAUUGGAAGAUGGAAGAAAUACCAUCAAAGGAACAAUGGCAAGAAAAAUUGAUGAACUAUGCAGAAUUAGCUAAGCUAACAGAAACUACAAGAGGACAAAAAGGUCUUCAAAAGAGUCUGGGAACCAUUUACAGUCUAUUUGCAGAAACAACAAAAUGGACUGGAUUCACUGGCAGGGUUCGAAAAAAACGUUCACAACUUUAUUUCAGUAACAUAUAUCUUAGAGAAAUGAUAAGGGAACUUUUAUAUAAGAAAAGCAGGAUACAAUAAAUAAAGCUAAAUAACUCAGCAGAGGGGGAGUUGAGGGAAGUCCAGAGGAGGGGAGGGAGAACAGUGGUAUAUAACAUAAUGACUGAGAUCUGUAUCUUUAUUUGUUAUAAAAUUCAAUAAAUAUUCAUAAAUAAAUGGCACCUUAAACCUAGGUUAUGGGUGCAACAACGGGUAGUUGCCUCCAUUCUCAAAUGACAUACAAGGGCUGAGUUGUUCCCACUGUUUCUUUUCCUGAUCCUAAAAAGAAUGUUUGGAAAGGGCUCAACUCCCUGAUGGUGAGGACAUGGCAGGGCAGCAUGAGAAGGCUGCAAUAGCCACACUUCCUCUGAUCCCAGCCAACCCUGCACCACUUUGUGAAGCUGGGAUCUAAUCUGAAUGAUUCGCUCGGUGACAGGAUUUUAUGUCAGGCCUGCUAAUAGGUCAGAGUUAGAAAUCUGAGUGGAAAAAAUGAGUCAAAAGUACUGGGAACAUCUCUUAUAGAAUCAGAUUUGGCAGGUGCAGGUGUUUCCUGUGGUAGGCAGACCAGGUUGGUCAUUACUGCUCCAGUACUGAGACCUGACUGAUUGGUGGAAUAAUCAAUAUCUUGGUCCCCUUCUAAGAGUGGGGUUGUCAUUUUUAUUUUUAGAGGGAAAUAUGUCCAGGGUCUAAUCAGAGUUAUUAUAUUUAUUAUUGGUCAAAUGAAUAUUGCCAGUUCCAAACCUUUUAAGGGGUGUUGCAAUAUCCAUCAAUUCCCUUUGGCAGUUUAACUGAGGUCCCAUCUGCUGGACUUUGCUGUGAUUUCCUGUAUUGGUUAUAGUCCGGGGGCUUCUUGGGUAUCUUUUCUGUUUAUCCCCCCCCCCCCCUUGAGCUGCACUCAGUGUCAUCCAUGUAGAUAAUGAUUUUCUUCCUUCAUCUAAGAGCAUUCUAAUUGGGCAUAUAGAAAGGGAAGCAAUAAGCCUCUUCAUUCUGAGCUGCAUACUGGGUAUGAUGGAACUUUCGAAGGUUAGCAGCACUGUCCAAGUUUGCUUAGUACCAGGGAGUUAGUUUGUCAUACUGUUCAAGGUCUACAGAACGUGGAUCAAUGCAUGGUAGAUAGUUUAAUGAAUGAAUAAUCAUUCUUUUAUUUCCCCAUCUUCCUUGGCUUAGAGGCAGUAGUGCCUCACUGGUCCCAGCCUCCUGGGCUGCUGGGCAGAGGCUGGGGGGCAGGAGGGCGAUCUUUGCCUUUGCUCGUCCCUGUCCCCCGUCCAGCUCCUGGGCGGGGGCACACAGAGCAUGUUAGCCCCCUCAACAUACAGGUGAUGAGCACUCACCCGGUGGUGGGGGUGGCGGCCCCCUCAGUAUUGAGGUGGGCUGAUCCCCCUGCCCCAAAAUAUUGAGGGUCUGAAGCCCCUUCUGCCCCCUAUACCCAGCACCCCUGUUUAAAGGGAUAUUUGCAAUUUGCAGCAUUACUCUGUUACUUUGUAAUAUUGAAAUGCUAGGAAUUAUCUGAGUGGAGGUUUGUCAAUGCAAAUAUGGAAAUAUGAUGCUAAAGCUGUUGAUUAUAAAAUGCAUAAAACAUAUAAGAGGAUCAAAUUACAAUUGAAUGGAUCAAUAUAUUUUUCUAUAACUAAUACAUAUAUUUAGGGCUAUAAUAUAGUGUCAGUGCUAAGCAACUUCACACUAGACAUGUUACUUAUUUUUUAUUACGCUAGUUCACGUACCCCAGAAUUGAAUUGUCCAGUUGCUGGAACUCAUAUGGUUAAACCAAAGAUUGGGGGGUCUCUGGUAAGUUGUGAAUAGUUUCUGUUUAGUUCCUGAAUUACUACUGUGGUACAGUGGUACCUCGGGUUAAGAACUUAAUUUGUUCUGGAGGUCCGUUCUUAACCUGAAACUGUUCUUAACCUGAGGUACCACUUUAGCUAAUGGGGCCUCCCACUGCUGCUGCACCGCCAGAGCACGAUUUCUGUUCUCAUCCUGAAGCAAAGUUCUUAACCCAAGGUACUAUUUCUGGGUUAGUGAAGUCUGUAACCUGAAGCGUCUGUAACAGUGAUUGAGUUAGCUAGUAGUAGCUCCUUAUUCAAAAUUAACCUACAGUUUUUCUUGCUCAAGUAGUAGGGUGAAAUGAGUGGUGGCGUAUAUAUAUAUGUUAUAUAUAUGCAUAUGCGUGCACACACAUUCCCUUAGGCUUUUUUAGACUUUUUAUGUAUAAUCCACUUUUAAUAUGUAUCUUCAAAAAGUAAUUGUGACCCAGAACCAACAAUUUACUUCCAUCUUAUUCAAACAUAAGUUGGAACUUAACUUUUGAGCAAGCACGUAAAGGGAGUAUAUUCUGGAUAUUGAAAAGGUUUUUUAAAAUGUAUUUAAAUGUUUUCUGCUCAUCUUAAACAUCUGAGAUUUGAAUUACAGUAAAAAAGGCAAAAAUAAAAUAAUAGGACAACAUAAGAAAUACUCAAGACCAUCAAAGGGAACUAUCAACUAAAGGGAGAACAAGUUCUUAGUUGAUGUCUUAGAGAUGUACCUCUAGGACUUGAUCAAAUGUUCUUGGCAUAUACCACUUACUUAUACCACUCAAGUAUUACACUCUUCCAUUUGGAACUGACUCAGUCCAUUAAUUGCUUUGUUAUUCAGAUAGAAAGAUAGAUCACUGGUGGUUUUUCAUCUUAGAGAGGGGGAAAUUUUGAUUAAGCUCGUACAGUGACUUGACAGCCAGCGUUAGAACACAUUAUGAGAUUUGAUGGCAGAACACAUACCAGGCCACAUGUUCUGUUAUCUUAAGGGUAUAGUCCUCAACGAUCAUUCAUUGACCCUUCUCCUUGCAUCUUCUCAUGUAGUACAAGCAACUCCCCGUUUGCACAGGGGGCUGUGUUUCAGGUCACUACGUGCAUCAGCAGUCACACAUAAGCCUUUUCCACCCCCUUCCAGGGCCGAAAAUUGUCAUUCUCUGUAAAGAGAAAAAGAAAUGUAGACAACAAAAUAGGACAUAAGACAAAAGUAUUAUUGGAGGACAGGCGAAAAAGGCAAUUGUAUCCUUCUUGGGAUUGUGUACAAAUUUAAUAAAUAAUUGACCAAGUCAUACUAUAAGUUGACCCAGUGAAAUGAGUUGGGAAUGGGACAUAGCUCAGCGAGUCAAGCAUAUACUUUGCUUUCAGGUUCAGUCCUCUAUAUUGCCAGGUCUGGAAAGAUUCCUGCCUGAAACCCUGGAGAGCUGCUACCAGUUAUAGUAGACGGUGAAGGUAAAGGACCCCUGGACAGUUAAGUCCAGUCAAAGAUGACUAUGGGGUGCGGCGCUCAUCUCGCUUCAGGCCAAGGGAGCCAGCAUUUGUCUGCAGACAGCUUUCCGGGUCAUGUGACCAGCAUGACUAAACAGCUUCUGGUGCAACGGAGCACCGUGAUGGAAGCUAGAGCACACGGAAACGCCAUUUACAUAAACACCAUUUACGUAGACAGUUCUUAGCUACUUAGAUAGUGGUCUGACAAGCAGCUUUGUAUGUUUCUAUCUUAAGUCCAUUGAUUUCUGUGGGUCUACUCUGACUAUAAGUGACUUAAUUAGAUAAAAUUUGUAGACAAAACAGAAUUGUAACAUGCUACAGUAUGUGAAAUGCAAGAUUACUGACACCAGUGGAUUUCAAACUCCUUAUACUGUAAAGCAAAAUUAUUUUAUUUGCAACAGAAUAAAAUAUCUAACUUCCUUUCCUUUCCCUUUUAGACAUUUCAGGAUAGGGAACGCUACUUGACUAUAAAUGCUGAUUUAGAUUGUUUUUUGUGGUAUGUGUAUACUUCCUUCGCAAGGUAAGAUUAAACAUACUUUUCAACAUGAUAUAUUCAAUUGCAUACAGUUGCAUUUUUUCUUUGAGAACAUUUCCUCAUUAUACACACUAAACAUGAUAAUGUAUAUGUGUAUCAAUAAUGGAGAUGUAUUAAGCAGAUGUAUUAAGUUGAAUUAACAACAUUCAUUUGCUAUAAGCAUUCCUAAAUUAUCUUUGUUUUGACUAUUUUUUGAAGUUUUGUUAUGCUCACUAAAUAUUCAGUUUUUUUACUUUGUAGAUCAUCAAUACAUAGUGAUCAUGUGGUAAGAACUCUGAGAUAUGUAUGUGUCUUAUUGCUUUAUGAUGUGAUUCUAAAUACAUGCCCCAAUCUCAAAUAUGUUUGCAAAAUUGCAUAACCAUCAGUUCUGUUGUAUGCCCAGUACCAGUUAGUGGUUCUUUGCAACCAUCAGCAGCACAUCCCCACAUCUAGCUAGGAGAUAUUACUACUUCUCAGAAAUUUAGAAUCAAACUCUUGGGAAACAAGACCCAUUUGUUUUAAUGCAGGGAUGGCUACCCUGUGAUUCUCCUGAUAUUGGUGAACUGCAGCUUUCACCAUCUCUAUCCAACAUGGUCAAUGUUCAGCGAUGAUGGGAGUUGUAGUUUAGCAAUCUCUGGAGGGUGAAAGGUUAACCACCUCUGUUUUAAAGGAAUUUGUUUUUUAGAAACACACAUUUAGGAUUGAACUGGAGUUCGGAAUAUAUGUAUAGUGACAAUUAAUGGAUUUAUUUAUAGAUAAAUUGGUGAUAUGAAUGCAUUAGAAAGAUAAUGCAUUUAUCCCAGUAAUGUUGAUCUAAUGAAUUAUUCUUAUUAUCUUUUGGCUAGGUGGCAAUUCAGUGCACAUUUGUUCAAUAGAUUUCUCAGCACACUUCUGCCAUGACUGAAUCAUGUAACAUUUUGAAUCUUUAACUUUGAAGUCCCAAUUUUAGGGACUUACAGCACUGUUUGAAAAACUUUUGCUAUUUGCAAAGGGCUUUCAGACAGUCUUCUCUGGAGGCUCAAAUGUGGCAGGGAUGGUCUGUCUGAAAGCCCAUUGAAAAGACAGCUGUUUAUUCUUCCCACAUCACCUGAUCAGGAGGGAAGAAAAAAAAUGUGUCUUUUUGAAUGAUUGGCUGCAGAAAUCCUGCAUGCAACUUAUCCUUCCAAAAGGGUCUGCUUUGUGUGGCUGUGCAUGCCUUUUUCCUCCUGUUUGCAGACAGCCCUUUGCAAACUGCCCCAUGCUGCUCCUUCCAGAAAAGGAUGAGCCCUUCUUCCAUACCCUCUCACCUUUCCACCUAUGAAGCUUAAUUUCCUAUCUUUAUUAAUUUUUUAUGCUAAACCUAGCAAAUCUAUUGGUUAAAUUAUGGCUCCAUACUCAAAAUGACAAUAUAUUGUUUUAAUAGAGAUUUUCAUCACUACAUCCUGUUUUCUGUGACUUUACUAAACCAUAGAAUUACCUGAUGUCUUUUUCUUAAAAAACAUAAUGUUAUCUCAGUUACUCUUUUCACCUGUUUUCAGCCAUGAAAUGCACUCUCAGUACUUUUGCACUUGGAUAUCUUUGUUACAGGAAAAUCAUAUUUACCUGAAUGCUUAUAAAACCUUAAACUUUAAAACAGGGACUAUUAAUUUGCUUUUAAAUAGUCACCUUACAUACAUGGUUAAUAUAGUUCUAUAACACAAAAUGGCCUAUAAUUCACAGGAAGAAACAGUAUCGUUCAAAUUCAUCAAAAUUUGCAAAAUUUUUCAUUUUUUAUUUGCCAGACUCUGGUUGUAUGGAUUUAUGACCCAGAAAAUGCUGAUAGUAAAGAAAUGAGCCAUACUGCGAAAGGACCACCAGAAGUAUGUUAUCCUCCCUUCAUAAACUAACUUGAAAUGGGAAGUAAUGAAAUAUCCAUAUUCCUAUGGAAACAAAGGGCUAUAUAUUCAACUAAAUAAUUGCACCAGUAUAUAAUUGUAUUAAUUAAACUUUAAAAUACGUUGUUUAUGUAUUGGUUGUAUUUUUUCAUAAACUGUCCUGGAAGCUCUGCCAAAGGAUGGUAUAGAAAUAUUUUAGAUAAAUAAAUAAUCAUACCUUCUAUUUAAAGCAACUUUUAAUAUAAUUUGUUUGCCCAGUUUAUUAAAGUAUUAAGGUCCCAAAUUGCUUUCACUAGCAGGCCAUUGAUUUACAUCACUGAAGCUAAAAUUUCCUCUGGUCCAAGAUAGCUAUCCCAGUCUCUUCCAACCCAAUCAAUUGAUUGUUGACAUGUAGAAUUAUUAUCUGAAAGGAAUGUCAAUAUCAUAUUUAUUUAAUAUUAAUACUUCAGGUUUGAGCCUGGUCCUGGGAAGUACCUAUUUCAAAGAUAGCAUUUUAGAUAUGAAAACAGAUAAGACUUUAAAUAUAUAUAAGCAAAUUUUGAAAAUAUGCAACUCAUUCCAUUUUCUAAACAGCAUUCUAAGACACUUUCCAGACAGUUCUUGAAUUUGGGACAAACACCUUCAGUUAAGAUGUUUCACCUCAGUGAAGACAGCAGAGAAUCGGAAGAAUCAGAAUAUUCAGAUGACGGGUAUUGCUCAUUUACAUUUUUCUGAAUUUGUCUUUUUAAACAAUCAUUUUAAUUAAAUAUUUUCUUAAAUUACAAAAGUACAUACAGUGUCUCAGUUUUCCGUUCAUAGCAUUUUUUCAACAGAUCAGUUAUAUUCGAUGUGAGGCACUAGCAUUAUAGUUACAGGUAGGUAGCCAUGUUGGUCUGCCGUAGUCUAAACAAAAUAAAAAAAUUCCUUCCAGUAGCACCUUAGAGAUCAACUAAGUUUGUUACUGAUAUGAGCUUUCGUGUGCAUGCUUCUUCUGAAGAAGUGCGCAUGCACACAAAAGCUCAUACCAAUAACUAAUGUUAUAGGCAGUAUAAGUUUGGGGAAGUUCACGUCCUCAGAUCCCCACUGUGGGUUGCAGUGAGAGCAUCAUCCUUCCGAAGAUCCGCUUUGGGGCGGGGUCAGUUUACGUCUCUUUCCUAGGCACCACCCUUUAUUUAUUUAUUUCUUUUUCAAAUGGGUGGGGGUGAGACACAGAAUGAGAGGGGUAUCUCCUACCCUUUUCACAGGGCUAGCUCUGGGCCAGUGUGUGGCUGAGCCUCUUCUGCGCUUUGCAGUCCCUCCUCUUGCCUCUCUCCUUUUCCCUUCCUUCAAGGGUUAGAUCAGCCUUCUCCCGUUUUGUACCCUUGGGUCCUGGGGUUCAUCAGACGAUCUGGGAGAGAUUCUGAGGGUGCUCUCCUUAGUUCGCCAUCUUGGCGGAAGCCUUUAAUUGUCUUUUAUUUAAAAAAAUAUGUUGUAUAUAAUCUUACUAUACAAAGAAGACUGCUGAUUUUCAUAUAUUGUGGGUAUAGGUAAAGGUAAAGGGACCCCUGACCAUUAGGUCCAAUCGUGACCGACUCUGGGGUCAAUUUGCUUUAUUGGCCAAGGGAGCUGGCGUACAGCUUCUGGGUCAUGUGGCCAGCAUGACUAAGCCGCUUCUGGUGAGCCAGAGCAGAGCACGGAAAUGCCGUUUACCUUCCCGCCGCAGCGGUACCUAUUUAUCUACUUGCACUUUGGUGUGCUUUCAAACUGCUAGGUUGGCAGGAGCAGGGACCGAGCAACGGGAGCUCACCCCGUCGCGGGGAUUCGAACUGCCAACCUUCUGAUCGGCAAGUCCUAGACUUUGUGGUUUAACCCACAGCGCCACCCGUGUUCCUUAUUGUGGGUAUAAUGUGUAUUUAUUUUUUAAUUUCUAUACUGCUGUUCAUCUGAGGAUCACGGGGCAGUUUACAAUAUAAAAACAAAAAUAUAUGAUGGUUGCAGGGUCCAGGUCAGUUUAUAUGGGGAGAGGCAGUCCUUAAGGUAUUGCAGUCCUCAGCCAUUUAAGGAUUUUUAGGUCAAAAGUAGCACUUUGCAUUAGGAAACUAAUUGGGAGCCAGUUCAGUCAGGCCAGGAUUGGAUUUAUACACUCAAAGCAGCCUCACAUAGAACUUGUUGCAGUAAUCUAACCUAGAGGUAUACGUGGCCCAGUAUAGUAAGGGAAAUCCAUAUAGACAUAUCUGAUGCACCUCCUAAUGAGAAUGUAUAUUGUAAUGCAUAUGUAUUCUUAACAUGAGGAAAAGUCACUUGAGUGAUGAUGUGGAAGAAGAUUAAAUCUUCUCCUGAUUGCACUCCUAAAAGCAGUUUCUCCUGAUCUUAGUUAUCAAGCUAAGCAUUACCUGCAUUUCUGUGGAACAAAUAUUUGGGCCUCAUGCACAUUCCCAUCAAGGGCUAUUAGUUCCAGGAAGCAAAACAUGCCUAGAGCCUUGAUGAUGGUCUUAAUCUUAUAAGCACUUUCAAAAAUCUUUUUUAAAGAGGUAUAUGUAAAAAAUACAUAAAUUGCAAUCCAAACUCUGACUCCACCAGGCUGGAGGAAGGUGAGAAUUUAGCACAACCCCUUAGUCCCCCAAAGAAGGGGAAGCCAAGGUGAGAGAAGUCCAUCUUCCACCAGCAAGCUUGGUGGGCAGAACUCACAUGCACUGCUGAUCCUCCUGGCGUAACAGUAAAAUGGAGGGUGUGCUAUGGAGCGGUUUCCUAGGCACCAUUUCCAACCCUAUUCAGACAGCAGCUAUGCCUUCACAGCCAGGUGGACUGCUCUUGAGAUGAGCCCAAUUAUCAAUAAGCACAACACAGGCCAGAUAUAAACCCUGCAUGAGCCACCCACGAUUAUAUGACACCUCUUAUGGUGUGGGACAAAACAAUAUGUGAACUAAAACACAGUCACCCUUCAAAAUUCACACUUACUGUACAGUUUUUGAAAUUUGGUAUGCAGAUCUCCAACAAAACAGUGUUUACAAAAUGCAUAUAUUAGGAGAAAGUGGACAUAAAAAUGAAUAUAGUUAUGAAAAUGAAAUACAAAAAUGCAUUGUAUUAGGAUAAAUUGCAACAAUGUGUGUAUUAGUCAAAACUGCGCACAAAAAUGUGUUUAGUAGGAGAAAUUAAAACUAAAAUGCCAUGAAUUUUCAUGAUGAUUUUGAAAAAGAAAAUUCACAAAUUGCUGCAGAAAUAUGGAGAACCUAAGACUGGAAAAAUGAGAAUCUGAAAGAACUGAAAUUGACAGUUCUUUCAUUCCUAGUUUUGAGCUUGCUGAGACUGUUUUCAGCAUUCCUAAAGAGCUUGUUAUUGCGUACAGGACUAUUUUUUAUUAUUUUAUGAGUGGAGUUUCAGAUUCUGCCUGCCACCUGCAUGAGUUAUGUCAUUCGCUCAAUACACAGAUUUUUGAGCAAAUGAGAUAGCUCAAGAAAUGGAGUCUCCUUCCAAACUCUAGUAUAUCAUCUGUCAGUGUUUGUAGCUUGGUGCAUAUGAAUAGUUUCACAAUAGCUGUAUUCUACAUGCAUUGAUAAUACAAAUUUUUGAACUGCUGCUUUUCUAAUGGUGACAUGCACUGCAAUCCUAUAAGAUAACGUGGAAUUACGUUACAUAGAUCCUAAUAGAAAUUUCCAUUUAACAUGCUUGGAUUUAGGGUAAUAAAGUGUAAUCAUAUGAUGCUUUUUUCUAUUUUUAGAUACUGGGAGAUUGACGUGCCUAGCAUUUCAGAUUACAUCAUUGGAGUAGUCAGUGGAAAACCAGUUACUUUUCAGGGUUGUUUUGUUGCCCGGACUCCUUUUAUCAUGGCAAAAUCAGAAAUUCCUCCAGUCGACGUACAUGAUGUCUCUAUCUCGACUCCAGCUGGUAGUGAGCUCAUGAUAGCAUGGUCUGCAUGUCAUACAACUCAAGCAGUUGUGGUGACAAAUUAUGGAGCUUUCCUAACACAUGAUGAGUUCAGACAUACAAAAAGAAUCACAUUUCCCUCCACUGUAUUAGAUCCAGCUGUAGCUCAGAAAGUAAAUGAUGUAGCCAUAGUACAGGUACACAUUGUAUUUUUAAUAGACAAUUCUGCUUAUUUUAUAAAUGAUGACAAGAUGUUCAGAGUUGGAAAACAACAUAAACUUCCAGAAAGCGGAAUUCUUGGGAUAAAAGAAAGAAUCUGGUGUCUAAGGAACUAUCCAGUUCAAGUGAGUUAUUCAAAAUAUUUUAUAUUUUAGAGGGUUCAUAUGGACUUAUUUUUUAUUCAUACCACCACAACUUAAAAAACAUUGCAGCCUGUUGCUGCCCAGUGCUUCCGGGAUGCGGUAGUUUAGCACUGUAAAGCAUAUCCUCUUGAUUGACAGGUAGCACACUCAGAAAGCACUGGCUGCAAGGGGAAGGGCUUUCCUUCAGUUCCCAGACUCGAUCUGUCUGGUUAGUAGGUUAGCAGCCACAAAAUAGCAUUCAGCAGCAACUGAACUUAAUGAAUGUCAAGAAAAGGGGAAUAAUGUGACCAGGAGCCAAAUGGCAGCAGUCCGCAGAAGCCAUUCAGGUAUGACCUUCCUCCUCCUGACCAAGAGCUGAGGCACAUAGCUGAGACAGGCCAAACAGUUUUAGGGAAAUGACUUGGACAGUUUAUGUGCAAAGUUUUCCCUGCAGUUUCAAAAGGUUUCCUCUCCUUCAGGAUUUUUGAGCAAACUCUUCAUUAUGGGAUUUUUUAUAUGCCUACCACUUGCCAAGUUUGUGCAGCAUCACCCUACUUCCCUACAAAUGGCCAUUCUCAUCAAGCACACACACCAUUCUCAUGGUGAUGCAAGAAGCAUCCAAAAUGCAACUUUUCUAUAACGUAGAACCAAUUGUAGUCAGGUUCUGCAAAAAAAAAAACAAUAUCCAGAAGAAUUUUUAACAGGUGCAAUGUUUAAUGCUAGUAGAAUAAAGUGAAAGGAAGAUUCUAAACCCCUACCUCAAAGGAGCAAAUGGAGAUCUGUGAUCAGAUCAGAUUUCCUUACAUUCUGGCAAACAGGAAAAAUGUACGUGUAUAGGCAUACAUUUUUCCUAAUAUGGCAAAUAACAGUUGGGGUGGGGGAAAUACUAUUUAUAUUGGGACUGACUCUUAUCUGCAUGGAACUCCAUGCACUCAGUGUUUAAGUGCAAAUCUGUUAUAUCUCAAACUGUUUUUACCGUAUUUUUUUGUGUGUUAGAGGAGGUUUUUUGACUCAAAAAUUGUGUCAAAAAACUGGGGUCAUCCAAUACACAGGUAGUGGCAUGGUGAGGGAGAAGCAGCGCGCCCGCCAGCCAGCCGGUUGGAGGGACUGCAACUUCCCCCGAUGCUGCAGCGAGCGGGAAAUGAUCUGGGGAGUGUUUCCUGCCCGCAGCUGCAUGCGGGGGGAGAAGCUGUGUGCUGCCAGCCAGCUGGUUGGCGGGAGUGCAACUUCCCCCAAUGCGGCUGCGUGCGGGAAACACUUCCUAAAUCGUUUCCCGCGUGCAGCGACAUCAGGGGAAGUUGUGCUCCCGCCAACCGGUUGGCCAACGGGAGCGCAACUUCCCCUGAUGCCACUGCAUGCGGGAAACAAACUAGGGAGUGUUUCCUGCCCGCAGCUGGGGGGGGGGGAGAAGCUCAACAACUUUGGGCCAUCUCCCCUCAUUUGCUUAAAAUUGAGUCCCCCAAAAUAGGGGGGAGGAUCUUGUACAUGGGGGCAUCUUAUAGACGGAAAAAUAUGGUACUUUUCAGUGAAUGUUUUGAUACUGUUUAUGAUAAAUUUAAGAUGGAGCUUUUAAGCAAUACCUACAGUGUCUGAAUUUUAUUAUUUAUCUCUCCCACCGCUUUUCUCUCUAUCUCAUCCGACGCCCAAGGUGCUGGCAUCAGAUUUAAGUGAAGCAGUCCUGUGGACAAAAACAGAAAUAUUCCUCAUGUACCCAUCGAGAAAGAUAACUGAUAUGUUUGUUCUAGUCAUGGAAGUAGAUGUCUUAAGGAGUGUGUUAGGAUUCAAAGGCCACGUUACUUUAGCUGUAAUAAGUGCUUGCUAUGAUUCAAUCCCUUCUGAAAUUUCAGUCUUACUGGCUUGUACUGGAUGCAAAACCUCCACACAAUUAUAUGUGGCAGGAUUUAAUGAAGACGAGGCCCACUGGUUCUUGAGAGAUCUUUCCCUGCCUGCACCUACAAGUGACCCUCUGCACAUGGAAGUUGUGUUUGGAGCAUCAUCAUCUAUGCUGCUGUGGUACAGUGACAAGAUUAUUUAUUCUUACAAAGGAAGCAAAUUCACCGGAUAUAUUAAAGACGCUGAGACAGGCGUGGAAUUAUCAGCAACAGCAUUAGGAACAGUUAUUCAUCAAGUUGUUAUUGGUUAAGUAUAGUAUAUUUUGAUAUAAAUUACUAAUGGAAAUUGUUGUUAUUUUAGUUGAUUUUGGCAAUUAUAGUGUGUAACCUAAGCCAUAAAUGCAUAGUGUUUGAAAGUACAACAGGUGACUCCCCAUUUACACAGGGUUUAUGUUCUGAACCCCUGCGCAUGUCUGUGAAAUUGCAUAAAAUUGAGAGUUGCCUGUCAACUCAACAAAGCCCCUCUGACUUGCAGGGAAGAAGUGUUCCCACGUCUGCUGAGUCUGUCAAUGAGGACCUGCUGCCCCUCCAGCUCUCGGGAGCCAAAGAGACAGUGGGUCUUGCACAGCUGAUGCACAAGGAAGCUUCUUUCCCGCACAUCAGUUGAGCUGGUCAAUCAAGCCCUGCUGCCCUGAAGCACAGCUGGGCUUUCCAGCUAACAGCUGAUGCAUGGGAAAGCGCACUAGCACCAGGCACUUUCCUGCGUUACAGCUGUUAGUUGGGAGCCUCAGCAAAGCCCCGCUGCACCUCCAGCUCAUGAGGAGACCCUCCCCGAAGCCCAAAGAGGGUGUCAGAGGCUCAGUGGGGCUUUGCUGAAGCUCAUCAGGUCUCCCUCCCCAGUAUCUGGGUUUCCAGGGCCGCACGUAUGCACAGUCAUGUGUUAAUUGAACAUGUGUAAAUGGUGGGGGGGGGAUCUGUAUGUCCCUAGAUAUGCAGGUGUUGUUAUAGUAAAAAGCUUCCCAGGAGGAUGGCACAGCUAUGGCAGUUGGAUACAUCCUGUUCAUUCCCUAGGGGCUGAUGCUAUAAUUUUCAGAUUACUACUUUUUGAGUCCAUUGUAAACAAAGUUCUAAUGUGUGAGUAGUUAUAUAAAUUAAGCCAAUAAUGGCUUGAAUCCAUUACAUUUACUAUACGUAUCAGUGGCAGACCACUGGGGCUCUUCCCAUAAUGUGUAUCAGAGAUUAUGGCUAUUAAAGCUAUAAACAAGAUUCUGAAUACAGUGCAAUUGGGGGGCCCUCAGAGGAGGGGAGCUUAAGGCAGUAUACCUCCGUCUGUUCACCAGUGGUUCACCUGGUGGUUGGAAGCCACAACUGCCACUAAUCUACCUGGCAUAAUAAUAAUAGUAGGAGUAGGAGUAGUAAAAAGCUGUGUUGGGGUAGAUACUCAACUGCUGCAUCCAAACCCUGCUCAAAGCACCCUCGCAACUUGGAGUUAGAGGAGCUCAACAGAAUUCCUGAUCUUUAUCUCACGUAGAACUGGAUUUUCUCCACCACAAGAAGGAGUUUCAAAGCUUUACUAUAGAACAGUCUUAAAUACUAGUUACAAUAAGAUAAAUGUUACAAGACAAGAAAAUAACACAUUGUAAACAAGCAAUGAGGUUUAGUUCUUUCUCUCUCUGGUCCAAGAGGAAGGUCUUAGCUUGCUCAUCAUUGCAAAGCUUAUCUGUAGCUGCUGUUGCUACAACCUAUCUCCAAAAAGCACAUUCUGGCUUCUCAAGUUUCAGCUUCUUGCUGUGAGAGCUCUGCAGCGCAUGUUUCUGGUGAUGAGUCAUAGAAUCAUAGAAUUGUAGAACUGGAAGGGAUGCAAGCUCCUCAAGUGCUUUCACGUGGCUGUAAUGUAUCUUUGAACUCUGAUAAUGCUUCCUGGGUGAAUGGAAAGUGGGAUUUGUGUGAAAAAGGCUUUUGCAUGUCUGGGGCAAGUUUGUGUACUCCUGCUCUUGAUGGUAGGACCUGAACCAAUGGAUUCAAGUUACAAGAAGGGAGAUUCCAACUGAAUAUCAGAAAGAACUUUGUGGGAGUAAGAGCUGUCCCUUGGAAGGUGGUGGACUCUCCUUUAUUGGAAGUUUUAAAGCAGAGGUUGGAUGAAUAUCUGUCAGCAGAUUCAUUAGCUGAGAUUCUUGCAUUGCAGGGGGUUGGACUAGAUGACCCUCAGAGUCAUCCAAAAAGUACGAUUGAUCUUCCCCUUCUGUCAAACAAGGCACAGUUAAUCUCUCCCCUCCUCCUCUCUCUCUUUUGUCAGGGUACACAUACUGAUGCAUACUCCCACCUUCAGUAGGAGGCCUGUUUACACAUUACACUAGUGAGAAGAGGCCUAAUAUUGUAUUGUAUCAAGCUAUAUGGUCAGGGUUCAGAAAAGAGCUCAACCGUGCUGUAUCGUUGUUUCAUAUUUGGUGGGUAGGGGGACACAAGUUUCUAGAUUUCAGGAAGCCAAAUAACAAUUACAAAAAGAAAAAGAAAAAGUGAAUGUUAAGAAUACACAGGUGUAUUAUUUGCAGAUCAUUUUUUCUUUGGAGCAGCAUUUGUUUGAAAUUAUGAAUUGUAACACAUUUAUUACUAAUACUAUUCAUAAUAAGAUAGUAUAACUGUUAAAUUAUAAGUAUCACAAACAUUAGUGGAGGGCAGUUCAAACUUGAGAGAAAGAACAUACUACAGUGGUACCUCGGGUUAAGAACUUAAUUCGUUCCGGAGGUCCGUUCUUAACCUGAAAUUGUUCUUAACCUGAGGUACCACUUUAGCUAAUAGGGCCUCCUGCUGCUGCUGCUGCUGCUGCUGCUGUGCCGCCGCCAUGUGAUUUCCGUUCUCAUCCUGAGGUAAAGUUCUCAACCCAAGGUACUACUUCCGGGUUAGCGAAGUCUGUAACCUGAAGUGUCUGUAACCCGAGGAACCACUGUAAUCAAUUGCACAUCUACAUGCACAUAAUUAACAUUUGGUAUAUCAUCUUAGUAUUGACAUACAUUCCAAGAUCUCUCCCCACCUAGCACUUCAUACAGGAGGAGUGAUCCUAGCUAACUUAACUUCAUAUACCAACUUCUGGACUGUGUACCUCAAUUCUUUCCAAAAUUCUGCCAGGGUCACUAGUAUGUUUUCAGGAGUUUGUAUACCUGAAAUAAAUAUAAGGUGUGGCGAUGUGUGCCUUGCAAAAUUUAGCUACCAGAUGUAUGUAAUGACAUUAUCCUAAGUAAGGGAAUAACAAUACUCCAGGUUUCUCUGGCAGAGGCUGCAAUAUAGCUGAGUUACAGGAGACUCAGAUUCAUCCCUGAACCCUAGUUUGGCUGCAUGCUGGGAGGGUGGCUGCCAGGAAGUAGCAUUAAUUGGUCAUCCUACAGUUGAACAGGAUGUUUGCACAUUGUUGUUGGAUAUGAGAGAAGAAAAUGUGGCCUUCUGAAAGGAAGAAUAAUGUGUGUUCCCAAUUUUAAUUUAAAACAAUGUGCCCCAGAAAUCACCUUGGAAAUGAAAGACACUAUACAAAUAAUUUCAAGAAAUAAUGAAUGUUCAGAAUCACAAGCAUACGUUUUCUAUAGAUAAUUUUUGCCACAAUUCAAGGCAAAUUUGUACUAAGGACAAAUGUUUGUUAAAACAAUCAAUCACUGUUACUGAAAAGAUAAGAAAGAAUUGUACUUUUAUUGAUAAUAGUAAUAUAAUUAUAUACAUAAACCAGAUGUUAUAUUAAGCUCUAUCUAUUUUUCUCUCUCCUUUUUAUAGGCAGUGCUGGAAACACUGUGAUCAAAAUGAAAAACAAUGACAUGUUUUUCUUAAAGUUUAAUAUGAAAGAUGUUCUAAGGCUCAGUGCUUGGGAAACUGAAGCCAGAGACUUUGCCAUAUAUGUGAAUGGGCAUGGUGACUUCUUUUUGCUCAUAAACAAUGGUACUCAUAUAUAUUACAAGGCUUAUCCACUGAAAACUGAAGUACUUAGUGCCACAAAUCCUUUAGGAGAGGUCUGUCCGUAUAUAUCAUUUCAGCAAAAUAUGGAAGCAGAUACUUACUAUCUGGAUAUGGGAACAAAUAUGACCUUUUGGGCCCAGAUUGUCUUUCUGGAAAAUGUGGGAUUGUCCACAGAAGUUACAAUCUACAGGUCACACUUGCUGAAGCAAAAUAACUCUAUUCAAUAUGAAAUAGCACGUGGAAUUUGUACUAAGAAUCAGGUAGGUGAAGCUUGCAUUUUUCUUCCUGUUUGUUUCUUGGGUCAGGCUGUCUGGUUCAGAUAUGUUACUGGCUACAGACACAUGCAAGGCUACUAGCAUAUUUCUGAUUCAAUGGGAAUUCCAUGGAUGAACCAGAUUUAUGAACUUACACUUCUACAUGAAACCUAUAGAUAAUGGGUGCAAUGAUUUCCACAGUCAUGAUAGCUCAGAAAGGGGCUAUUAUAAUACAGUGGUACCUCAGUUUAUGAACUUGAUCCGUUCCAGAAGUCCGUUCUUAAACCAAAACUCUUCUUAAACCGAGGCGUGCUUUCCCUAAUGAGGCCUCCUGCCACCAGUGCCCUUCCACCAUUCUCAUUCCAUACUUAGACUGAGGUAAAGUUCUCAAAGCAAGAUACUAUUUCCAGUUUUGCUGAGUUUGUAAACCAAAUCGCUCUUAACCUGGACAGAACCGAGGUACCACUGUAAUAUUUUAAAUAACUAACUAAAUAAGAACUAAUAUAAUCAAGUUUUAUGAUUCACUAAAUACAUACAAAGUUGUACAUGAAUAUUCUGUUGUUGUUGUUUAGUCCUGUCUGACUCUUCGGGACCCCAUGGACCAGAGCAUGCCAGGCACUCCAGUCUUCCACUGCCUCCUGCAGUUUGGUCAAACUCAUGCUGGUAGCUUCGAGAACACUGUCCAACCAUCUCGUCCUCUGUCGUUCCCUUCUCCUUGUGCCCUCAAUCUUUCCCAACAUCAGGGUCUUUUCCAGGGAGUCUUCUCAUGAGGUGGCCAAAGUAUUGGAGCCUCAGCUUCAGGAUCUGUUCGUUUUUUUGGCUCAAGGUCAGCAGCCACACUACCUGGGGUGUACGAGCCUUCCAUAUCUUUCUGGUAUAAUUUCUCUGUGUAUUCUUGCCACCUCUUCUUGAUGUCUUCUGCUUCUGUUAGGUCCUUACCACUUUUAUUAUGGUAAUCUUUGUACGAAAUGUUCCUUUCAUAUCUCCAAUUUUCUUGAACAGAUCUCUGGUUCUUCCCAUUCUGUUGUUUUCCUCUAUUUCUUUGCAUUGCUCGUUUAAGAAGGCCUUCUUGUCUCUCCUUGUUUUUUUUGGAAAUCUGCAUUCAAUUUCCUGUAUCUUUCACUAUCUCCCUUGCAUUUUGCUUGCCUUCUCUCCCCCGCUAUUUGUAAGGCCUCGUUGGACAGCCACUUUGCUUUCUUGCAUUUCCUUUUCAUUGGGAUGGUUUUUGUUGCUGCCUCCUGUAUAAUGUUGCGAGCCUCCAUCCAUAGUUCUUCAAGCACUCUGUCCAGCAAAUCUAAAUGCUUAAACCUGUUCCUCACUUCCACUGUGUAUUCAUAAGGGAUUUGAUUUAGAUUGUAUCUUACUGGCCCAGUGGUUUUUCCUACUUUCUUCAGUUUAAGCUUGAAUUUUGCUAUAAGAAGCUGAUGAUCUGAGCCACAGUCAGCUCCAGGUCUUGUUUUUGCUGACUGUAUAGAGCUUCUCCAUCUUUGGCUGCAGAGAAUAAAAUAAAUCUGAUUUUGAUGCUGCCCAUCUGGUGAUGUCCAUGUGUAGAGUCAUUUCUUGUGUUGCUGGAGGAGCGUGUUUGUGAUGACCAGCUUGUUCUCUUGACAGAACUAUAUUAGCCUUUGCCCUGCUUCGUUUUGAUCUCCAAGGCCAAACUUGCCAGUUGUUCCUUUUAUCUCUUGAUUCCCUACUUUAGCAUUCCAAUCCCCUAUAAUGAGAAGAACAUCCUUCUUUGGUGUCACUUCUAUAAGGUGUUGUAAGUCUUCAUAGAAUUGGUCAAUUUCAGUUUCUUCAGCACCAGUAGUUGGUGCAUAAACUUGGAUUACUGUGAUGUUAAAGGUCUGCCUUGGAUUCGUAUCGAGAUCAUUCUAUCAUUUUUGAGAUUGCAUCCCAGUACAGCUCUCGCCACUCUUCUGUUGACUAUGAGGGCCACUCCAUUUCUUUUACGGGAUUCUUGCCCACAGUAGUAGAUAUGAUGGUCAUCCGAAGUGAAUUCUCCCAUUCCCAUCCAUUUUAGUUCACUGAUGCCCAGGAUGUCAAUAUUUAUUCUUACCAUCUCAUUUUUGACCACAUCCAACUUACCAAAGUUCAUGGUUCUUACAUUCCAGGUUCCUAUGCAAUAUUUUUCUUUACAGCAUUGGACUUUCCUUUCGCUUCCAGGCAUAUCCGCAACUGAGCAGCCUUUCGGCUUUAGCCCAGCCGCUUCAUCAGCUCUGAAUCUACUUGUACUUGUCCUCCGCUCUUCCUCAGUAGCAUGUUGGACGCCUUCUGACCUGAGGGGCUCAUCUUCCAGCGUCAUAACUUUUAUAUGCCUUUUGUCUUUGUCCAUGGAGUUUUCUUGGCAGGGAUACUGGAGUGGCUUGCCAGUUCCUCCUCCAGGUGGAUCACGUUUGGUCAAAACUCUCCACUAUGACCUGUCCAUCUUGGGUCACCCUGCACGGCAUAGCUCAUAGCUUCUCCGAGUUAUUCAAGCCCCUUCGCCAAGGCAAGGCAGUGAUCCAUGAAGGGGGAUUCAAAUGUCUAGGAUAAAGUGGAGUUUAUAUUUUAUAUAAUUUGAAGUUCUUUUAACUUUUAGUAACCUGUUUUAUUCUGAUAUGAUGAGUAAUGUUACCUGUCUGCAGCCCUUAAAUAUAUGGUAUUUUAAGACUAACUAUUCAUUAUUGUUGUUUAUUAUAUCUUAAAGACUGUAACACUUUAUCAUGACCAUGAUUAUUCAACAGAGGGAGAGUAUGAAGAUGCAAUGUAAGUAUAAUGAUAGUUAAAAUAUGAAAAUGGUUAACAAUUUAUUGGUUACAUUUACAUUUCAGAAGAGUCAAUAGCAUAAGCACACUGAAGGCUUAUUGGAACUAGCUCAGGGCUGGGGAAGUUCUUUUUAAUUCCAAAGACCACGUUCCAUCUUGGGAAGCCUUCUGGGAGCUGUUAAUUUGGGGGUCCUAUCUAUUCUUGGUUUUACAAGUGAGGCCAUGGGUUUAGUCCAAGUCCCCUUCUGAGAUGGACCACCAUUUUUCUUUAAGAUCUCCCUUUUUCACUAUGAUGAGAGCUUUGGCAUUGUUUAACUACACUUUGCAUUUUCAAAUCAUCAGUCAAUACUCUCAAAUGAGGUAAAUCAAGCGCAAUAUCUUUUUUCAUUGUAUCUAUUUCAACAAUAGAUGGUUCAAAAUUACACAUAUCAAAAUAUCAAUAUGGGUUACAGACCCAGCCUCCCAGUGAAAUUUAUUAUUGUGCCAGCCAUAUAAGUAGCAGUUCCCACAAAUUCAUUUAAAGGUGUUUGGUUAAUCACAAUAAUAUUCACAAGCUGUUCUCUGAGUAAAGUACAUUCAGCAGCUGAAUCCUAAGGUGUCCUUUGCAGCUCAGUUCCUAACUAACCCCUCUGUGGUCCACAAGGACUUUAAAUAUGAUGUGGUUGUAAUGCUGCUAUUAUAGUCCAAUUCUGACAGGGGGCCACUGGAGUUUAGGCCUCCCUUUCAUCUGCUCAGAACAUGACCAUAAGAAGAACCUGCUGGAUCAGGCCAACAGCCCAUCUAAUCCACCAUCCUGUUGUCACAAUGGCCAGACAAAUGCCUGUGGGAAACCAGUAAGCAGGAUUCAAGCAUAAGAGCACGCUACCUUCCAGUGGCUUUUCAGCAACUGGUGUUCUGCUGCCUCUGACUGUAGAGGCAAAGCAUAGCCAUCAUGGCCAAUAGCCAUCAAUAGCCCUCUCUUCCAUCAGCUCGUCUAAUCCUCUUGUAAAGCCAUCCAAGCUGGUGGCCAUGACUGCUUCCUGUGGAAGCAAGUUCCAUAAAUUAGCUAUGUGGUGUGUGAAGAAGUACAGUAGUACCUCAGGUUAAGUACUUAAUUCGUUCCGGAGGUCCAUUCUUAACCUGAAAAUGUUCUUAACCUGAAGCACCACUUUAGCUAAUGGGGCCUCCUGCUGCUGCUGCGCUGCCGGAGCACGAUUUCUCUUCUCAUCCUGAAGCAAAGUACUUAACCCGAGGUAACAUUUCUGGGUUAGCGGAGUCUGUAACCUGAAGCGUAUGUAACCUGAGGUACCACUGUACUUUAUUUUAUCCCUCCUGAAUCUUCCAACAUUCAGCUUCAGUGGAUGCCCACAAGUUGUAGCGUAAUGGAGAGGAAGAAAAACUUUUCCCUAUCCACUUUACCAUGCCAUGCCUCAUUUUAAAAACUUCCAUCAUGUCACCUCUAACUUGCGUCUUCUCUAAACUAAAAAGUCCCAAACAUUGCAACCUUUCUUCAAAGGGGAGUUGGUCACCAAGAAGCAACCAGAACUGUACACAGUAACACAAAUGCUGUCACACUAUAGAUUCAUAUAAUGCCAUUUUGAUACUGGCAGCUUUAUUUUUAAUUCCUUUCCCAAUGAUCCCUAGCAUAGAACCACAAUGUUCCAAUGCAAACCAAAGAUCUUGUGCUGGGGGUUAAUGCACAGACAUUUUUCUAUUCUGAGUUGCAGGCUGAAACCAAGAGCCUUGCUGUGGCUCAGUGCAUAAUAGAGGAAGAGCAACAGUUCUCUGAAUGGAAAGAAGUAGAAAGUGGAGUCCCCCAAUGAUUAGUACUGGCACCUGUGCUUUUUAACUUGUUCAUAAAUGAACUAAAGUUAGAACUAAGCAGUGAGGUGGCUAAGACUGAUGAUGAUACAAAACUGUUCUGAGUCAUGAAAACAAAAAGAGCUUGCGGAGAGCUCUGAAAACAUCUCUCCAAACUCAGUGAAUUUCACAUAUAUGCUCAUGGGGUCUGGAACUGGAGGUGACGGAUCAGGAAUGAGGCAUUGAAGUUAUGAUAAAUAGCUCAAUGAAGAUGUCAACCCGGUGUGUGGUGGCUGUGAAAACAGCAGAUUCUUUACAACAGUGAAGUACUCUAGAAACAAUUUAUCAGUCUUUUUUUAUAUAAUGGAACUGCAUCAAGAUGUUUUAUCUGACACCCAGCUUUCAAUAAGAGAUGCCAGCCUUGACCCCUAAUAUCUAAUCCACUUCCCCUUCCAGCAAAUGUCCCCCACAGUCCAGCAUAUCUAUCUAUUUAUCUAUUUUCACCAGCAAGCCCAUUACAAUUUCUCUGUUGCUCUUUAUCCUAUCUCCCCUGUAAUCUUUUAUUGUCAGUACACCCUGUACUGUUAAAAUAUGUGAAUGAAUAUCCUUGCUAUUACACUCUUGUUUCCACUCUUCUUCCCAUAUAUCAUCAUCAUUAUCCAAAUAAGCUCCAACAAUUCAACAAAUUGGCUUCUGAGCAUGGAGCUGCUCCUUCAACACCCCUCCAAAUUUCUAUUAGCAACCUGUUGCUUUUUCAAGUUGCUGUGUCAGAACUUUCACAGGUCCUUGCAAAUCUGCUUUUUCUACUUCAUGUCCUCCAACCGGCAUUGUAAAUGUUCAUUACAACUCUCCUGUUCUCCCUACUCCUCAGACAACCUCAUAUUUUCAGCAGCUGGUCCCAAAUUCUGUGCAAUUACUUGGUUUUCUUCUCUUUCAAAAUUAUCACCAUGCAUUCACAUAUGUUUAUAUUCCUGUUCCUUAAUGGCUAAAGCUAGUUCUGUCUUUGCAACAAUCUACUCUUCAGUAGUAGGGACGCGGAUGGCGCUGUGGGUAAAAGCCUCAGUGCCUAGGACUUGCCGAUCGAAAGGUCGGUGGUUCAAAUCCCCGCGGCGGGGUGAGCUCCCGUCGCUCGGUCCCAGCGCCUGCCAACCUAGCAGUUCGAAAGCACCCCUGGGUGCAAGUAGAUAAAUAGGGACCGCUUACUAGCGGGAAGGUAAACGGCGUUCCGUGUGCUGUGCUGGCUCGCCAGAUGCAGCUUGUCACGCUGGCCACGUGACCCGAAAGUGUCUGUGGACAGCGCUGGCUCCCGGCCUCUAGAGUGAGAUGAGCGCACAACCCUAGAGUCUGUCAAGACUGGCCCGUCCGGGCAGGGGUACCUUUACCUUUACCUUACCCUUCAGUAAGCUAAGCCCAUUAGAUCUAGUCUUAUCUUCUACAGCAGCAGGGAAGUGUUUGUCAUAUUCUAUGUGACAGCUCUUCCAGUAUUUGAAGGGUGCUAUCAGGUCCUUCUCAGUUUUCUGUUCUGCAUACUAAAUAUACCCAAUUCCUUUAACCUUCUCUCAUAGGACUUGUUUUCUAUACUACCUAACAUCUUCAUCACCCCAUUCUCAUUUGUCUAUAUUAUUGCAUGCCACCCUAAUCUCCAAGCAGUGCAAGAUUCCAGGCUUACCUAGGAUUCAGUUUCCUUUGGAAUGAGGGACACUGGAGACUGUGGUAUCUUUAUGAUAUAUGGUUUAUUUACACAUAUAUACAACAUGAGCUUGAUGGACACCGCAUUAACACCUCAAGAAGGUGUUGCUUCCCCAAUAGCCACAGCCUUGGAUUCAAGCAGAAAUCAGGCAUGGCUCCUCCCAGCUGCCCAGCCUGCAGCCUUGCUUCUAGCUCACGUAACUCAGACCUUCAACUCUGGUUUUGUCUUUCUAACUACCAGCGAGUUGAAGUAAGGGGGCUCAUCUAUUUGUCAUCUGGCACAGAGCCACUUCCUUUGUUGCCUUAAUGGUUCAUACUUAGAGGGACACUAGCCCACCUGGAAGCUAGCCUGGCUAUUUCAGGAAUUGAAUCUGUGCUGGAUCCAGUAAUUAGGAGAGGGCUCAGGCAAACCAUAUCACUCUUAAAGUGUGGUGUGCAGAACUGGACACAAUACUCCCAUGUGAGUUCUAACUAGUAUAGAAUGAAGUGGAACUACCACUUUUCAUUAUUGGGAUGUUAUGAUUUGGUUGAAGCAGCCUAAAAUCACAUUAGCUGCCUUGUAGCUGGAUCACUUUGCUGACUCACAUUCAGCUUAUGGUUUAUUACAAUCCCAAGAACUUUGUACUACUGCCAAGCCAUGUUUCCUGCCAUUCUUUACCUGAAAAUUUUAAAAUGUAUUGCAAAACAGAUAUUUGCAUAUGUCUCUUGAGUUUCAUUUUGCUAUUUUUGACCCAGCUUUCCAUUCUAUCAAGGUCAUUCUGAGAUGUUAGGUAGCAGUUCUGAGUUUUGUGCCUUUGGCAAAUUUCAUGAUUCACUCCUCCCUUUCAUCUAUAAAACUACUAAAAAUGUUGAAGAAAACCAAGCCCAGACUAGAGCCCUGCAGCAGCACAUUCAGUCUCUCUCCGGGUUGAUGAGGAACAAUUGAUGAGCACUUGUCCACACUUAACCAGUUUAGUAACCAAAAUAAUAUGUAGAACUUCGUCAAAUGUGUUUCUGAAAGUAAGAGAAAUAAAAAUCACAGCACUUCCAAAAUCCAUAAUCUAGUAACCUAAUUUUUAAAAAUGAGUUUAAAAAGUACACCUGGCUUGAGAGCAGUACAUGUGAAAAGGAUCUAGGAGUCUUGGUUGACCACAAACUUGACAUGAGCCAACAGUGUGACGCGGCAGCUAAAAAAGCCAAUGCAAUUCUGGGCUGCAUCAAUAGGAGUAUAGCAUCUAGAUCAAGGGAAGUAAUAGUGCCACUGUAUUCUGCUCUGGUCAGACCUCACCUGGAGUACUGUGUCCAGUUCUGGGCACCACAGUUCAAGAAGGACACUGACAAACUGGAACGUGUCCAGAGGAGGGCAACCAAAAUGGUCAAAGGCCUGGAAACGAUGCCUUAUGAGGAACAGCUAAGGGGGCUGGGCAUGUUUAGCCUGGAGAAGAGGAGGUUAAGGGGUGAUAUGAUAGCCAUGUUCAAAUAUAUAAAAGGAUGUCACAUAGAGGAGGGAGAAAGGUUGUUUUCUGCUGCUCCAGAGAAGCGGACACGGAGCAAUGGAUCCAAACUACAAGAAAGAAGAUUCCACCUAAACAUUAGGAAGAACUUCCUGACAGUAAGAGCUGUUCGACAGUGGAAUUUGCUGCCAAGGAAUGUGGUGGAGUCUCCUUUUUUGGAGGUCUUUAAGCAGCGGCUUGACAACCAUAUGUCAGGAGUGCUCUGAUGGUGUUUCCUGCUUGGCGGGGGGUUGGACUUGAUGGCCCUUGUGGUCUCUUCCAACUCUAUGAUUCUAUGAUUCUAUGAGUUUAUUAGUCUGGCAGGAUUUAUUCUUGACAGAUUCAUGUUGGCUUCAAUUAAUCACUGCAAUUGUUAUCAAGAUGCUUACAGAUUGAUUUCUUUAUAAUCUUUUCUAGUGUAUGCCCAUAAAUUUGAGUUCAACUAUUCUCUUUCCUUUUUGUGAAGAUUAGUACAUUUGCCUGUAUGCAUGCACCCUGAAGCAAGAGGCUUGCACUAAUGCAAAAUUUAUUUAUUUUUAAUAAAACUAAACCCAUUGAACAGCUUGCUUCUUCCGUGACACAUCACAGCCUGUUUUUUAAAGUUUGUCUCAGUUUGAAACACAAUCUGCCACAUGGCACGGGGAGCUGAUAUAAAGUCUGCCUAGGCUCCAAGAACUAGUUUCACAUUCUUUGGAUCCAAGCCAUAGUUUACAAUGUGAAAACUCUGGGGAAAUUGCAUACCAGAAUUAUAUAACUUAUUAAGGCAGAAUUUUGUUUUUCCUUGGCACCAUACGUAAUUUAAAAAUAUUUCUCCAGGACACCAAUUUAAAACCAUUUCUAUUUGGGCAAACUGGGCUCUAGCAUAAGAUCCAAAGCCUAAAACUAUUUGCAUUUCCAACUUUGGAAAUCUAAUAUUUGAGGAAGCUGUGGACAAUCUUAGACACAUUUUUUUAAAAAAGGUUACCCAUCAGUUUCUCUGGUGUACAAACAAGAGAAGGAAAAAGGUACUCACUGAAUGGUGUUGUCCUCGCCACAUAAACAUAGAUUGUAUUAAAAAAACCUUUGUCCACUUACUUUUGUCUAUAAUGAUUUACCCCAAACAUAUUGCUCAGACAACGUUCAAGAAAUUCCAAAUUAAUUGUAUCUCAGCUAGGGCACACAUUUCUGAAUAGUUAAUCUCCAGCUGAUGCCACUAUGUAAAGAUUAUAGGGUUCAGUGUCCAACCAAAUCCCCCAAAUUGUAUGCUGCCACCACUCCUGUUAAGAGUCCUUUCCUUCAGACCCAGGAGAUGCCUGUAGCUCUGUGGGAUCCCUGUGAGGUUCCAGGAAGCCUCCAGCAAAAACAACCAUUUGUAUGGUAGCUAAGUAUGAUCAAAUAGAUCUAAGGCACUGAUUUACGCCAAGGCAGAUUUCCAAAUAACCACAGUAAAAUGUAGAACAUAUAUGUUUAAGAAUAAUAAAAUAAUACCACGGUAAGAACCCUGUUACUAAAUAGGAAGAAAAUAUUUUAGGAGGUCAAUUAAGAAAUCAGAAACAUAAUGGAAAAUACACUAAAAACAACGAAAAAUUGGACAGCCUAAGCUAAGAUACUUCAUCAUCACGCUCUGACUUUGCAAAGAGAUGUGGCUUGACAGGUCAGUUCAACAACCAAAACUCAGAAUACAAGAUGGGGAUAAACAGGAGGCUAGCAGAGGGGCUAGUUUGGGGCAAGGAAUACUACAAGGUAGAUCGCUUUUAUAUAUUUUUGCCUCUUAUCCCACUUCUCAGCCAAUCACAAGGCUACUUAGCUGCAAAUUUCCAGAACCUAGGUUGGAUGAUAGAGCCCUAUGACAGCACAGUGGAAAAAUGUAACUAUAGUUAGUAAAUGACAAUUUCUGUCCUUGGGAUACUGGUACAAAAUAAGCAGAUGCAGUAUAUCUUGGGCCUGCUAGCUGAGGGUCAGAAACUGCUAUCUCUUGCUUGAAGGCCUCACCUAUAAGUCUGAAGUUCUUAAAUGAACCAAGUUUUACCCACAAGGAACCAAAAUUUGACACACAGAUUCCCAAGUUGGGCACAAACCUGGCAUGGGAUCUAAAAAUCUUGAUAUCCUCAUCCUGUUGCUUAGCAUUGGAUCCCUUUUUGGGAUGUUACUAUAAAAGCUUGAGGUCAUUAUUUCAGAUAGGAAAUCAAUAUGUAGAAACAACAAUUCUCAUGCAAAGGGGUUUUUAGUUCUAAGGUCAAAUGAAUGAUGAAUACAAGUGGCCACACUGACAGCAAACACCAUCGCCAGAUUUGUUUGGGCCCUUAGCAUACCCCCAGCCGUGUCUGUGCACCAUGUUGCAAUGGGUAGCCAUGCUUCCACUCUCAUUUUCAUCAUCUCUAUCCUUUUUUGGCUGCUUUGCCAGUGUAUCUUUGCUUGUGGGACAGUUCUACUGACAGAGUGCUCUGUUGGCAGAUUGUGGGAGUUCCACUGGCACAUCAGUCAUGCCAGCAAUAUAUGUUAAAUUCUGACAGUAUUGCGGUGCUUUCACCAGACCCUGAAUCCCCCAGCCAGAAUCUCAAGUAUAAUACUGAACUCUUAAAAAAUUAAGUUUGUGGAUUUGAAUUUUGGGAACAGAUAAUAAAAUAAAUAUCAAUUGUGAAGGCAACACAUAAGUAUUAUAUUAAGGAUUAAUUUUAAGUGUCUUAAAUAUACCUGUUUUAUGGCUGAUACUUCCUUGUAGAAUUAGUUCAACGGGUAUUAUGACAAUUGAAGUGGAACCUUCCCUCACUGGAAGAACAUGUAUGACUCCCAACAAGGUAAGUUUUUAGCAUGAGAUGCUAAUCUUUCUUUUUUAAAAAGGAUGAAAACAACUGAAUACCAUAGUACCUUAAGCACUAACAAAUACACUGUUGCAAAAACUUUCAUUUUUUUUAAAACUACCUGAUAGAGAUCUUUAAUGUCUGACUUUAUAUCAAAUGAAGAUAAAGUUGGCUUGGAGGACCACAUGGUGUGCAGAAGGGGAAAAAACAACAUUAGAGGGGAAAUCCUAAGGGGAACCCUGCCCCCCCAAAAAACCCAAUAAGGACAGAGCCGCAUACUGCUGCUUGAAGUGUGUAGGAGGAUUACAGACAUUCCCAGUGAGAGGAGGGAUGGAAUAAAAUAUUGUGAGGUACAGGAUGGCUGAUUGAACAGAACAUAGGUUCAUUCCACACAUUUUGUUAAAAAUUCUUGUUAUUCCCCACCCCUGGGCAGCCCAUCCUGUUUCACUGCCUGAGUUUAAAUGGGAAUUGCUCUCACACACACUACUUCUGCCGUCAUAGUGCCCCAUCUCUUGCCGAACUUGACAGGAGCCAGGGUGGUGUGGCCCCUUUUGAAGCGGCCCUUCCUGAAACCAGAGGUUUUAGAAAACUACCACCUAGUCAUACAAUAAUAGCUGAUAGAUAUUGCUGACCGCCUGGUCCCCAUUUUUCAGUACAGUGGUACCUCGGGUUACAUAUGCUUCAGGUUACAUACGCUUCAGGUUACAUACGCUUCAGGUUACAGACUCCACUAACCCAGAAAUAGUGCUUCAGGUUAAGAACUUUGCUUCAGGAUGAGAACAGAAAUUGUGCUCCAGCAGGAGGCCCCAUUAGCUAAAGUGGUGCUUCAGGUUAAGAACUGUUUCAGGUUAAGAAUGGAUCUCUGGAACAAAUUAAGUACUUAACCUGAGGUACCACUGAAUACAGUUCUGCCAUUCAUAUUGGGUGGAAGGACAGAGGUUAGAUCAGAUAGAAAAAUCUCCUGGCCACAACCUGGAUCGUCAGGAGCAGCUGUACAAUAAGCAGCAUUUGGCUGCAUACAUACUCUAUCAAGGGAAAUGCCUGUCAGUGGCAAGGGCUCCAGCCUCCUUGGAUCCUCUAUCAACAUCAGCUCCAUUUUAUCCAGGUUCAGCUUUAUGCUCCUUAUCCAGCAGACCGUAGCCUUCAGACACCAAUGAGUUCAGGACCAAGGAUGCUCUUGGUUAAUGGAUGAUAAAGAGAAAGAAUGAAGCAGAAAGUUAGGCAACAUCAUGAUGUUAAUCAUAUCAAACUCUUAAAUUCCACAUUCUCUCUCCCAGCAGUUUUGCAUAAAUAUUAAAUGACAAACAUUACCAAAUAAAAAGAGCCUCACAAGACACAGUUCUGUCUCCACUAUCUGGGUACAUAUUGAGAGGUAAAAUUAAAACCAUCUCAAGUGUUUGUCUUGGAUAGUCACUAGCAGUAUAAUAUCUGAUAAUAUCUGAUACUUCAACGAUAUCAGGGACAAAAGCCGCUGAGAAGUCCAAUAAAAUCAAGAUGUUGCUGUGACUUUCAAAGAUUGUCCACCAAAACAAUCAAAAUACUCACAGUUUUCAGGUAGUUGUUUAUUGAGCUUACUGAGUUUAUCCUGAUUUGUUCACACUUUUUGUGGUUGUGACAUUAUAUGACAUUGCCAUCUAGUGGUUGUUAGCAUACACUCACCAGUGCAAUUUUUGUUAACUUUCCCCUUUCUGACUUUUGAUGGUAAGAUAAGUGAUGAAAAAUUACACAAGAUACCAACUACUAAAUGGCAGUGUCAUAUAGCCUCUUCACAAAUUAUGUGCAAAAAAAAUCAAGAUGAAUGCUCAAUAAACUGCCCAUCUGGAAUUACUGUCAGUCUAAAAAUAUUGCCGUCAUAUGAUAAAGGGUUGAGGAGGACUCUCAUCAACGAAUGUGUUUGUUUGUUUGCUUGCUUGCUUGCUUGCUUGCUUGUUUGUUGAAACAUUUUUAUACAGCCUUUUGCUCAAAGGCUUCAGAAUAACAUACAGCAUAACAUACAUACAUACAUACAUUCAUAACAUAAUGUAACAAUCAUAAAAUAUAAAAGAUAAGAAGCAUAGCUGUCAACCGUCCCUUAUUUGGCGGGAAAGUCCCUUAUCCCAGCGCCAUGUCCCGCUGCUGUCCCUUAUUGAUGAUGUCCCUUAAAUUUCCCGGAUUUCAAAGGAAGCAGCUUCUCUCCCUCCCUCCCUGCCGGCCAGGGAGGAGGGAGGCUCCAACUGUGUUGCUUGGCUGUGUUGCUCACCCAAUAAGGAGUCUAAGAACGAUUGGAGGGUGGAGCUUGCAUGCCUUGUGCCGAUCAAAUCGGCCGCGUUGCCUAGGGACUCGCCUUUGCUCAGCGCUUCCCAGCGGAGAGGUGACGGUGGUUUUCCUUGCUGCACCCCCUUUGCCGGGUUGUUGCGCUGUGGGAACCACCGCUUGAGGCUUUGUUUGGCUACUGGCUGGGCUUUCUGCCUUUGGCUCGGAGGGGCUCAGAAGUCAAACAUCCCUGUGCUCUGAAAAUCCCUUAUUUUGGCUGCUGGUCCCUUAUUUUCAAAUCUGUAAGUUGACAGGUAUGAUAAGAAGAGUUAUGUCAAUACUAUUCAUAAUAAAUGUCAAGUUAUUCAUAAAUUAUUUCAGUCAUGGAUAUCUGGUUUUUUUAAAAAUAAUAUUUAUUACUUUUCCAAAAAAAUUAAACACUAAAAGAAAAGAAAAAACACAUACAAUACAAUACAUUAAACUAACAAAACAAUACAACAACAAUAAAAUAAAUCAAACAAUUUCAUUAACCCAUCUUUCAUUCACUUAUUUCCACAACCUCACACCUCCCUUUUUGUAUUCCACUUCUGUUAAUUAUUUCAGCAAUUCCUUUUCAUCUAUCUCUGUUUUCUAUCCUAUAAUUAUCUUAACUCAUUCUAACCUUAUUUUUUCCUUUAAUACUCUAUUAAUCUAUUUAUACUUAAUUCCUUAUAACAUUUCUACUAAAGCCAUGUAACUUCAUUCCAACAUUUUUCUAACAUUCAUUGAUUUUACAAUAUUUCUGUAAAUAAUCUUUAAAUUUUUUCCAAUCUUCUUCCACCAACUCAGUCAUGGAUAUCUGAAAUGGCACCACAGUCACCUGUUCAAUAAAAUUUCCCCCAACAGAGAAGUUGGAGCCUGGCCUAAAGUUAGAAUGGCUAUUCAAGCACAGAGAUUUAAAGUUAGGGUGAAUUUACUCUUUCAAGCACUUCCUUGAGCAGCGAUGACACCACAUAAUUUUGUCAGCAAUACAUUAAUGAGCCCUUACAAAAAUUGAUUCAAUCUCUUAUCACUUGAUUUGAUCACCCUCAUUCAGUUCAGUUUUUGAAUUAGAAAUCUGUAAGAGAUACAGCCUGCUAUUGUAGGUUUAAGAUGUUUCAGUUUUCCAGGCUCAGUCUUAUAUUUAACUUUAACUCAGUGUAGACCCAUUGAAAUGAAUAGCUAUAACUAAUGUAGGUCCAUUAACUGCAAUAUAAGUUAGAAAAAUUAAAGACAAGCCUUGGAAAUGAAGUGAUCAGUGAGACUUAAUCAAAAGUAAUUAUACUAAGGGUUGCAGCCAGAGUACCGUAUUUUAUGAAUUUGCUUUCUACCAAGAGUAAGUAGUUUCUGGGAGAGUGAACUGCUUGACACCUCCAAAUGAGGCACAAUUUAGCCAAAGUUGUACAUUGAUUUCUUUAGGAGAUAAUAAUAAGUAAUAAUAAAAUUUUAUUUAUAUCCCACCCUCCCCAGCCGAAGCUGGGCUCAGAGCGGCUAACAACAUUAAAAUGAUACAACAUUCCAAAAUCAUUUCAUUAUAAAAUCAAUUCAAAUGAGAUUAAUGGCAAUAGUUAAGUAUGUGAUCAGUGGGACUUCUCUAGCCAUGUUGUGCAUUGGAAUGCACAUUAAAAAAUGUAUUAUUUUAUUUGUUACAUAUAUUUUAAUACUGUACUGCAUGCAUGUAAAUCACAAAAAUUGGCUUUCAAAUGUCAGCUUUUUAACCUAGAUCUGUGCUGUCUCUCUCCCCUCUCCCCCCCGCACAGAGUGCCAUUACAGUGGUGUGAGUUUGAACAGAAACUAUUUUUCCCCACUGAUAUUUUGGCCAUUGUGUGUGAUGGCAGAAACUGUCAGCUUACUAGAAUGUGCUUCUUUUCAGGUAGCGCACAUAAAUGUUGGUUGUCCUGUAUUUCGAGACCUGGCUAUUGAAAAGCAAGUAACAAUGCUAUUUUUUCCUUCUUCCUCCAUGUUCUACAUUGCCAAAAAUAAAUAAAUAAUAAAUGUAGAUACUAUAGUCAGAUUGGGUGCUGUAGGGUUUUCUUUGACGUUGACUGUAUUGUAUAACUGGUCUUAUCUUGUUUAUUAAUUGCGGUUCACUAUGAGUUUUAGCCACCUCAGAAACCCUGUUUUGGGGGCAGAUGAGUGAGAUAAAUUAACCUGUCUGUGAACGCAAGGAACACUUAUGUACCAGAACCAACAAGGUCUAUCUAACCGCAGCAUCCUGCUCCCAGAAAUCCAAAGUGAGGCAUGAAAGCAAUAGUAUUCCCUCUGAGAAGGCUGUUCAGUGGCACCAUUCUUCCAAACUUGGGGGUUCAAGUUAGCUCUCUCAGCUCAUAUCUGUUGAUUGACUUGUCUUUCAUAAACUUGUCUUGUCCCUUUAAGAGUCAUCUAAGCCAGUGACUGUCACCUCACCACAGCUUAUGGCAGUGAGAUCUAUUAAUUAUGCCUGCUGUGAAGUAAUACUAACUUUAAGCAAAUUCAGAUAACUUAAAGUUCCUUCAUAUUAAUCCUAGGCCUUUUGAGCCGGAUUUUCCUGCUGCGGGAACAGUUUUUAAGCCCUUCACCUUGCUUAUUGGGGUCUGGGAAAGUCACGCAAGGCCUCUGGAAGGCAGUGGGAGGCUCCCAAGAUUUUGGACAGCCCUGCAAGAUUUCAUUGAAGGUUCCCACAGCCUUCCAGAGGUCUCCCACAUGCUUCCCAGAGCCCAGUAAGCAGUGCCUGGUGUGGGGGCAUGUCCUGCAAUCAGGGGCGGGGCGAUCUGCGCCCAUGGGUGCGGGGAGAGCCUUUCCAACGCUUGGAGCCUCUCCGCCACCUCCCCCUCAGCUGUAGGGCAGCUGAGGGAGAGGUAGUAGGCAGACGCAAGUCCCACGCUGCCAUUUGAGGCAGCGUGGAGCCUGCAGGUACCUAAUAAUAAUAAUAAUAAAUUUUAUUUAUAUCCCGCCCUCCCCAGCCGAAGCAGGGCUCAGGGCGGCUAACAACAAUAAAAUAGUACAACAUUCUAAAAACAUUUCAUUAUAAAAAUUAAUUAAAAUCAAAUUGAUGGCAGCCAUUAAGCUAAAGUUCUGUAGAGAUUGCCAAAGGAGGGAGUCAGGCUGCGCCCUGACCAAAGGCCUGGUGGAACAGCUCUGUCUUGCAGGCCCUGCGGAAAGAUGUCAAGUCCCGCAGGGCCCUAGUCUCUUGUGACAGAGCGUUCCACCAGAUUGGAGCUGCAGCCGAAAAAGACCUGGCUCUAGUUGAGGCCAGCCUAACCUCUCUGUGGCCUGGGACCUUCAGGAUAUUUUUAUUUGAAGACCGUAAGUUCCUCUGUGGGACAUACCAGGAGAGGCGGUCCCGUAGGUACGAGGGUCCUAGGCCGUAUAGGGCUUUAAAGGUUUAAAGCAGCACCUUAAACCUGAUCCUGUACUCCACCGGGAGCCAAUGCAGCUGGUAUAGCACCGGGUGAAUGUGAUCUCACAGUGAAGACCCCGUAAGGAGUCUCGCUGCGGCAUUCCGCAUCCGCUGGAGUUUCUGGGUCAGUCUCAGGGCAGCCCCACGUAGAAUGAGUUACAAUAAUCCAGUCUGGAGGUGACCGUCGCGUGGAUCACAGUGGCUAGGUCAGGGCGAGAGAGGUAAGAAGCCAACUGCUUAGCUUGGCGGAGAUGAAAAAAUGCCGCCUUUGUUAUAGCUGUAAUCUGCGCCUCCAUAGAAUGGGAGGUGUCGAAGAUUACACCCAAACUCUUAACGGACGGUGCUGGCACUAAUUGCACCCCUGCAAGAGAUGGGAGUUGCGCCCUCAAUCCCAUAUUGUCCCAUCCCAGCCAGAGGAUCUCUGUCUUCGAAGGAUUUAACUUCAAUCGGCUCCCACGUAACCAUCCAGCCACAGCCACCACGUCCCUCCUAAAAAGUUUUGUGAGCCCAAUUUUUUUAAACAACUCAUUUUGUCAACCCCCCCCCCAGUGAUGAAACCCAGGGUGGACCACACAUCCCGCACCCCUCUUCCUCCACCACUUCCUGUAAGAUAGGGAUAGUCAUGUGGUGGCAGUUUCAGGGGUCUUCCUGCCUUUGCAUGCAAACCCUUGGAAUGUUACCUCUGUGUAAGUUGCAGGCCAACUGUACACUCCUUACUGAAAUGCAAGAAAUUGCAUUUGUACUGAUAUUCUUCCAGCUUUAGAUGAUGCUUCUGUCUAUGUAGGCAUUCUCUUGAACUCUUGACCAGAGAUCUGUUUAAAUUGCUGUGUUAUUUUCAUUGGAUUGUUUUAUUGUGUAUUUUAAUUAUGGAUGUUUAUAUUUUAAUGCUUGUGUAAUUGGUUUUAUACCUCGUAAACCUUUUAGAACCCUAUUUUGGCAUUCAGCUAUAUAUAAAUGAAAUAAUAAGAAUAUGAAUAAUAUAUAAAAUGUAGAAGGACCAUAAUAAAUUCUGCGCUAUAUUUUCAAACUAUCAUUUAAUCGUAAAUAUCUUUAUAUAAUUGUAUUUCUCUUUUUUGUGUCCACAGACCCACAAAAUGUAGCAAUCAAACUUUUACAUUCAAAGUACCCGCGUAAGAAACUUCAAAUAAAAUAUGGAUGGAAAUAGAUUGUUUUCGACUGCUAUUCCAAUUUAUUUAAGUGUUUGUAGGUGGUAGAGUACAGGCAUCAUUUUUUUGUUUUUUUAAUGAUGUCAUACAUCAGAGCUGCCAACUCUGAUGGUGCUGGUCAUCUCUGAGACUGAGAUAGUGAAUCCAGAUACAAAAUUCCUCCCUCCAAAAGAUCAUCCAAGCAGGCAGUAUUUUAACUUUGCUGGCAAAUCCAUUUAGUCUGUCCCAAAACACAAUAAUGAGCUUGCUACUAAGUCUUUUGCUAAAUUUAUACUCCACCAUAUCCUUUUGCUAUAUGGAAAGUGUAAAUAAGGUAAAUAUGUUAUUUUAUUGGCCAUAAGCUGUAACAAAACUAACACAUCAAUAGAAAACAAAACUUUAAAUAUAGUAGCUGCAUAGGUAUAUCAUAGGCAGAUAUGACAAGAACCAUGAAUCAAUAUAUAUGUUGUCAAGACUUAUAUAAUUAUUCAUUAAAACACUCCACUUUUAUUGUACAUGUUCCACUGCAAGGGCAAAUAAAGCCAUCUUUCCAGUUCUUUUUUUCCCUGUUGAAUGUUAAGAUUUCAGUUUUGAAUUGAGUUGUGUAAAACAGGUUUUGGGAAUAAGCUAUUUUAUGUGUGUCUUAAGUCACUGUAAAUAGGACAACUCAAGAAACAGUGGGAUAGAUCUUUUCAUGAAAUAUAAAGUCUUGUGAAAUAUAGAAACAUUUCUGCAUCAGGCCAAAACCCAUGCUAGCCAUUUUCUGCCUUGCUAGUUGAAGUAGUCCAGACCCUCCAAGUGUCCCUAUUUUCCAGGGACAUCCCUGAUUUAGAGAAGCCAUCCCAGUUUGAUUUGAUCCCAGAAUGUCCCAUUUUUCCUUAGGAUGUCCCUAUUUUCAUUGGAUAAAUUUUGGAGGGUAUGGACUUAUCCAACCCCUGAGCUGUCUGAAGGCAAUCCUGUAUAGGGAAGUUUUUUUAAUGUUUAAUGUUUUAUUAUUAUUUUUAUAUGUUGGAAGCUGCCCAGAGUGUUGGGGCAACCCAAUAAGAUGUGUGGGAUAUAAAUAGUAAAAUUGUCAUUAUGGAAUGGGACAUCCCUAUUUUCAACAGAGAAGUGUUGGAGGGUGUGGUAGUCAUUAUCAGGAAAAACAUUUUAGAAGUUUAAUGAUAAGCUAUAGAGAAAAAGCACUUAAAAAAAUUAAUUCUAUUUUAUUUUAUAGGAUGCCUGUUCUCAGCCAUGUUCCAUAGCUUGUUUGUUUGUUUGUUGGAUUUUUUUUACUAUUCUCCAGUGAAAAAAGGCUUCCAGGGUGGUUUACAAAGAGCAAUCAUAAAAUACCCUGCUCUUGGGUUUAUAAUCUAAAGGCCAUGACACAAAAGGGAAAGGAAUUGGGAUGAAGGAGUGUGGGGAAGCAAAAUCAGAAACUAGUAGUCCUUAGUUCCAAAACUCUUUAUAAUGAGCAGCUGAAAUUGAGCGGGGGGUACAAGAAGAGGAGCUGGAAGUUGCUGGUUUGUCAGCUAAGUGAAAGUGGCUCCGUUUCCCUCCUCAUCCUCAAUCUGCUAAAUAUUUUCUCCUAAUUUUCUCGUUUCACUUCUUCCUUUUGAGGACUGAGCAUUCAGGAAUUGCAAUGGAGUGCACAGCUAUUUAGUAGUGAAAAAUGAGGAGGCAAAUGGUGGAGCAGUUGUGACUCUAAAAUUUAAAGUGUGAGACCUAAUCACACAUUAUAUGCAAUAACAUCUAUAUUAAGCUGCUGGGAGAGAUUAUCAGGGGGUUUGGGCUGGGUGUUCAUCAGUAUGCGGAUAGUACCCAGCUUGACCUCUCCUUCAAAUCUGAACCAGUGAAGGCAGUUAAGGUCCUGUGUGAGUGUCUGGAAGCAGUUGGAGGAUGUAUGGUGGCUAUCGUAUUAAGGUUGAAUCCUGACAAGAUGGACGUACUGUUUUGGGGGACAGGAGGCAGGCAGGUGGGGGGGGCUCCCUGGUCCUGAAUGGGGUAACUGUGCCCCUGAAGGACCAGGUGCGCAGGCUGGGACUCAUAGCUGUCCAUGGGGACGCAGGUCAAUUCUGUGUCCAGGGCAGCUGUUUACCAGCUCCACCUGAUACGCCGGCUGAGACCCUACCUGCCUGCACACUGUCUCACCAGAAUGGUACAUGCUCUGAUUAUCUCCCGCUUGGACUGCUGCUAUGCUUUGAAGGUGACCCAGAAACUAUAAUUAAUCCAGAAUGUGGCAGCUAGACUGGUGAUUGGGAGUGGCCGCCGGGACCAUAUAGCACCAGUCCUAAAGGAUCUUCAUUGGCUUCCAGCGUGCUUCCGAGCACAAUUCAAAGUGUUGGUGCUGAUCUUUAAAGCCCUAAAUGGCCUUGGUCUAGUAUACCUGAAGGAGUAUUUCCUUCCCUCGUUGUUCAGCCCAGACACUGAGGUCCUCCUCCAAGCGUCUUCUGCUGGUUCCUUCACUGCAAGAAGCGAGGAUACAGAGAACCAGGCAGAGGGCUUUCUCGGCAGUGGCACCCUCCCUGUGGAACACCCUCCCUUCAGAUGUCAAGGAAAUAAAACACUAUCUGACUUUUAGAAGACAUCUGAAGGCAGCCCUGUAUCCGGAAGAUUUUAAUGUUUGAUGUUUUAUUAUGUUCUAAAAUAUGCUAUGGGCCACCCAGAGUGUCUGGGUAAACCCAGACAGAUGGGUGGGGGUAUAAUAAUAAUAAUAAUAAUAAUAAUAAUAAUAAUAAUAAAUAGAUAGAUAGAUAGGUAGAUAAAUAGAUAGAUAGAUAGAUAGACAGAUAGAUAGAUAGAUAGAUAAAACAUUGUCCUUACCAUUGACAAACUUUAUUUUUUCCCUCACAUUAGGAAAUAUCGAUGGGUCAAAACAAAGGGAGAAUACUGGGUAAGAACUACACAUUUAAUUUUCAGUUAUAGCUCCCACUAGUGGAACACUUUCCCUAACCAGGUCCUGCUUUUGGCACGAGGUAAAAACAUACCUACAGAGCAUUUGAGAGAUUAUGAUGGUAUUACAGUAAUACCUUGGAAGUUGAAUGGAAUCUGUUCCGGAAGUCCGUUCGACUUCCAAAACAUUUGGAAACCAAAGUUCAGCUUCUGAUUGGCUGCAGGAAGGUCCUGCAGCCAAUCAGAAGCCGCGGAAGCCCCGCCGGACAUUCGGCUUCCAAAAAUAGUUUGCAAACUGGAACAGUCACUUCCAGGUUUGCAGCGUUUGGGAGCCAAAAUGAGUACGAAGGCAUUUGAAAACCAAGGUACAACUGUAAUGGCGUUUUUCUGUUAAAGGUUUUUCUGCUGUUUUGUGGCGUUUGCAUAGCUUUUAUUGUAAUACAAUGUACUUCUUUCUGAUUCUCUGCCAUGCUUUAUGCUUUUAAGUUUUGUAAGUCACCUGGAGACUCCUUAAGUGCCAAGCAACUAAUAAAGUGAAUAAAUAAAUAUGUUAAGUAUACUAUUGAUGCAAAUAGAAGGCAAGGAGAGAUUUAUGUUAACCUACCUUUCUCCUAGGUGCAAGAAUACAAUUUUGCACUAUUUGGUUGCCCAAUAGAGGUCCAUUACGCACGUCCAUUUCGUCCUACUGUUCUCUUGUAAGCAGCUUUUAAACACUAUAGACCCAUGGAAAAUAUGUAUUUAUAUAUAUUUAUUCGUUAAGCCCUUUCUUUGACCAUCCCAAUCAGAUGAAAGAUAAAAGAGUGAUAAUGCAGCUAUUAUCUUCAUUACCACAAUUCCCCAACAGUUCCAUAUUUUUAAAAAUUGCCUUAUUGGCAAGAACUCUGGCCUACAAUAGUGUAUACCCUUAGUAUGGUUUGUUGUUGUUGUUGUUUUUGGUCUUUUUUUGUCCUUUACAGAGACAUGACACUGUAUUUCUGUUCUUUCUAGAUAUGAGCGUGAAAAGAUGAUUGGGACUGUUGAGGCAAAUUAUAUCUUGUGGGAGAUGAAUGGCAGGAAUGACUACCAUUAUAACACAACAGUAAAACAGGUGAGCAGACAUUUGUACACUAACCUUUCAGGUUAAUCAAGAAUAAGAGACCACCUGCCCAAUUUUAGACCUUAAGAUCAUUUAGAUCAACGGGGGGGGGGGGGAAUUCUCAUGGCACCACACACCCCAUAAAAUGUCUUGGGGCAAUGACUUCAAAAUCAGCAUUUUCUGCUGUUUCUCCUCAACUGUGAAAUGCCCUUCCAUCUGCCAUUCAUGAAACAGCAACCACCAGUUGCUUCAGAUAGAUGUAUUGUGAAGACAUAUUUUUGCUCAGGCUUUCCCCGACAUCUAAGAUUGAACCUUUUUUACAUGUUUGAAUCUUACAAAUUUCUGCUUUAUUCCCUUUUGAAUGCUUUUAUAUUGCUGUUUAACUGGUUUGAGGUUGUGUUUUUAUUUUAGUGAUAUACCAUAUUUUUUGCUCCAUAGGGCACACCGGACCACAGGGCACACCUAGUUUUUAGGGGGGGGAAAUAAAGAAAAAAAUUUCACGUCCAGGAGCGGAGGCAAGGUUGUGCAGCCUUGCCGCCGCUCCCGGAGCUUGCAGGCUGGGGGAGCGCUCCGAAGGUUUGUGGAUAGCUGCCUGAAGCCCGGGGAGCGAGAGGGGUCGACCCCUCUCACUCUCCAGGCUUAAUCAAAAGCCUGCAUUCACUCCAUAGGACGCACACGCAUUUCCCCUUCAUUUUUGGAGGGGGGAAGUGUGUCCUAUAGAGCGAAAAAUACGGUAACAUCUUUGAAAUAGUAAGUGGUAUAUAAAUGCUUUUAAUAAAUAUGAAUUUUUGUUUACAAUAGGGUUUUUUAAUGGAUGUUGUUUCAAUCAGUCUUUUACACAGCUCUUGACAGUGCUAAAGUAAAGGUAAAGGGACCCCUGACCAUUAGGUCCAGUCGCAGACGACUCUGGGGUUGCAGCGCUUUAUUGGCUGAGGGAGCCGGCGUACAGCUUCCGGGUCAUGUGGCCAGCAUGACUAAGCCGCUUCUGGCGAACCAGAGCAGUGCACGGAAACGCCGUUUACCUUCCCGCCGGAGCGGUACCUAUUUAUCUACUUGCACUUUGACGUGCUUUCAAACUGCUAGGUUGGCAGGAGCAGGGACCGAGCAACGGGAGCUCACCCCGUUGCGGGGAUUCAAACAACCGACCUUCUGAUCGGCAAGUCCUAGGCUCUGUGGUUUAACCCACAGCGCCACUCGCGUCCCUCUUGACAGUGCUAAAUUAAUUUAAAAGCAAAUUCUUCAAAACUUUAGAAGCAACAUGUUUAAUAAACAAGACACAAGUACUGAAAUAACUGAAUCAUAGAAUUGCAGAGUUGGAAGGGACCCUGAGGAUCAUCUAGUCCAACCCCCUGCAAUGCAGGAAUAGGCAGCUGUUCCAUAUGGGGAUUGAACCUGCAACCUUGGCAUUAUCAGCACCAUGCUUUAACCAACUGAACCUGCCAAAUGUAUUAAAUUCCUUUUUGUGUAGUAUGGUGAACUACACACAAUUUAUUCAAUACCUGGUUUUUAAUAACGGAACAGCUGUGUACAGCCCAACAGAUAUAAACUAUAAGCUGCCUGCCCAGAAAUUGGUUAGUUCGUUCCAAUUAGUAUAUGAAACAUAGCUGCCACUCACGAGUUAUCCUCCUGCUUCCUGACUUCACUUCCCCCUUAAAAGUUAUCUGUAGUGAGUAUAAAUGCUAAACUGAGGGCCAAAACAUAUGUGCUAUUGCAUUUAACAUAUGUGAUAUUUACAUCUGCUCUGUCCAAAUUUGAGAAAACACCACAUACGAAAAUUCUAAGGAUCUAUGAAGUCGGCACUCUCCAAUUGACCCUUCUAACCUCUAGACCGGACACCUUAUCAACACUACAUUUUUAAAAUUACCAUGGGAAGAAACAUCAGAAUCUUCAGAAUUUUAAGGGGCACAAAGUCCACCACAGAUUCCUAGCCUGGGCCAGUGCCUUAAUUGUUGGCCCAAAGGUUUUGGAGGCAGUGUCCAUUGGAUCCGGCAGACGUAGGUCCAAACAGGCAGUGGAAUGCAAGGAAUACCUCUUUGUGUCUGUGCGCACACACUACCAGAGAAGCAAGUAGAUGCGGUGGUGGCUUCUGGCAAGCUCUUGUGAGAGCCUCCACGAGACCAUAUAAGGUUUCCAAAUGCUGCACAUGACCUUACCUGAGAUCCCAGUAAGGUUGACAAGGUGUCAGGAGGCAAAACAGGAUGGACUGAAAUCUAUGAAGGGUUGUAUUUGUGUUACAAUGCUUUAAACCUUUAAAUUUUCCAGUUUCAUCAGUAUCAAGCUUAAGAGAUUGAUAAAAUUUAAAUAUGCUGUACAGCUGAGACUUUGACUGAGACUGUGCAUGUGAUUUCUGUUUUACUUUGUGCAUUUAUAUUCUUUGAACAGGUACGCUGUUUGAGCAAAGCACAAAAUAUGUCUUCAAUGGUUCCUCAGGAUCUAGAAAGCAUUACUGCAUAUACUAUAGAUCGCUAUUGGGGGAGACAUGUAAGAAAAUGUAUAUAAUAAGAAAAUUAAUAAUAUGAAUUCUGAAGCUCUCAUGGUAUUUUGCCUAUGAAUAUUGAUCAGGACGUACAAAUUAAUAUUCAAGAGGCAAUGCAAGAAGGGCACAAUCCUGUGGUCACUGGCAAUGCAUCUCUAGAGCUAUGUGAUGUUUUGGAUCUCCUUCUCCAAAGGCAGCAGGUGGUGCCCUACCUUGAAACAGGAAAUCUGACCUUGUAAGGCACCUACCAGCCCUGUAGAAACAUAUGUAGGUAGCCCUUAUCUUACAGAUAUCAGUAGAGGUAAAAAGGGGACAUGAAAACCUUUGCCUUCUUCUUACACACGCCAAACAGAACAAAAUAUACCCCAUGGAAACAAUAGGUGGGAAAUUGUAAUGUUAUCCCCACCCUCUCAAAAACAGCCAGAAAGGGAGUUCCACCCUUCUAUCCACCUUGUUUGUGUGUCCCAAGCAGAGCUUUAGAUAUUUUGGAUCUUCCAUCUUUGGUCUUCCUCCUACCCACCAGCUUUGCUGAUGUUCUGGAUUGCAUGAUUUGCCAAUACUUUGAAAACUAAAGUGUCUUAAGCUGUACCUAAUUAUUUUUUGCAACCCAACAACUAUGGAAUCAGCUACUUAUUUAUUAUGCAAACACUUUAGGACAUAAAGCAGGUAUAUUAUUUGUACUUACCAUACUCCUCACGUAUUAUGGAUGUUUGUCUUAUGUUAAAUUAAUUACAUUUCCCCACCCAGAAUUACGUAUCCUGUUUUAUGAGUGGUGGUGCUGGACUUCUAGGAACACUAGAUAAUCAAUAUGAACUCAUGAACCAUUCUGGCAUCAACUCUAUCAUUUGGCCUCAGGACUAUGCUGGCAUUUUCCUGUUCAGAUUGAAGAUAAUGGAUCCAAACUACAGGUUAGCUUUAACAUAAUUAGCAGUUGUAUGGUUAAGUAUCUUCUUUCUUCUUCUUUGAGAGCCAGUGUGGUGUAGUGGUUAAGAGCGGUAGUCUCGUAAUCUGGGGAACCAGGUUCACGUCUCCACUCCUCCACAUGCAGCUGCUGGGUGACCUUGGGCUAGUCACACUUCUUUGAAGUCUCUCAGCCCCACUCACCUCACAGAGGGUUUGUUGUGGGGGAGGAAGGGAAAGGAGAAUGCUAGCCGCUUUGAGACUCCUUAAAGGGAGUGAAAGGCGGGAUAUCAAAUCCAAACUCUUCUUCUUCUUCUUCUUCUUCUUCGGUGAUCACUCAUUGCCAAGUAAGAUUGUCUUCCAUAAACACGGUUUUAACAAUGAGUCCAUAAGUGACUGUGGAGGCUAAUUCUGGAUCCACAUGUCCUUCCACAGUGGGGACAUUGGUUUCCGGGCAGGAGUUGAUCACGGUGUGGAUUUGCCAAGCGUGCCUUCCUCUUAGCAUGUUUCUCCUUGCAUCCUGAGUUCGAGUGUCUUCAAAGCCCAUGACACGUUUGGUAAAGGCUGUUCUGCAGUUGGAGCACUCGCAGGCCAGUGUUUCCCAUUUGUUGGUGUUUAUACUACAUUUUUUAAGAUUUGCCUUGAGACAGUCUUUAAACCUCUUUUUUUGAAUAUAAUUAUACCUGAAUGGAACAUGUUUAUAAAUUUGUAAUUAAGUUAAUCCCUAAGUGUUUGGGACAAUAGUCAACUCGUAUUCAGAGUAGAUCCAUUGAAAUCAGUGGUCUUAAGUUACUUCAAUAGUUCAAUAGUUUCAAUUAAAUAGUUAAAUAGUUUCAAUGGGUCUUCUUCGAGUAUAUAGAACUAAUAUUGAGUGUCAUAUAUGGUGUACAUUAUACAACAGGUCAAUAGCAGAGAUGACAUCUAGCUGUUACUUAGGAACACAGUAACAUAGCAGAUUUUCAGUUCAGUGUGCUGAAUAUCACCCAGAAAACUUUAGUUAUUGGAUGACAAAUACAGUAAAACAAUUUAAAUAAAAUAAGGUACACAGAACUCUGAAUCUCAUCCAUUUUGUGUUAUGGGAGGGUCCUGGCAUAUCGCCUCUGCACAUGUGCUAAACUGAUGGUAUCCAAGGAGGAAGACAAAGUCAAUCUGCAAGUACAGUUUGUUACCAGUUCUGCUUUCUUUUACACACAAUAUUUUCUUAGAGUAGAAAAACCUCUCACACACCCAUGCAGAGAGUGUGUUCAUCUAAUUUAAUCUCUGUACAACACCAGCAAUUACAGCUUCUUAUGUACAUAUGGAAAAACAGUUACAUAACCAAUCUCACAAAUGAGGGUGCUGGGGGGUGGGGCGCUGUGGUAGCAUGCCCUUUUUCUUAUACUCAUGCAGAGAACACAUGCUGAUAUGGAAGGAGAAUAGUCCUGUUCAUGUUGGUUAAGGCUAUCAAGCACUACUAGUAUCAGUAACCCCGUCUCUGAAGGGCCCAAAUGUAUCUGUCACCACUCCUCUCACAGUAUCAUCACUGUCAUGAAUCUUACACUUGAUUUUUCUGAAGCAGUAAUCGUCUAAAAUUUGACUUCCCCUCUAAUUAUAAGAUGGUUUCCCUCUCAUUAUAAGACUGUUGUAGUUUACAGUUAUGAAAAAUAAUGUUUAGUCUCUCAUUUUUUAUUCCAGUUUUUGUCCUUAUGAAGCUUAUUUUGCAGUUCGGACACAUGGCAUCAUUGAAAGGUAGGCAUUAGUACUCUUGAUUUGUUGGCAUGAGAUCAAGCAUUAGUUCCCAUUCCUGCACAAAAGUUUGGUAAAAAUCCUGAUACAAAGUUUAGUAUAAAUCCAUUGAACAAACUCCAUGUUCUGAAAUCUGGGAAGAUGUAUUUACUUUCUACAUUCUUAAAAAGCCUAGAGGCUUUCAGAUUUUUUUCUAGUUCAAUGGAAGAUUGAUAAUAUGAAUGUUAACAUUCUCUGUGUGUAAAAAAUUGACUCAGAAAAUUAGAUCAUGAGCUAGGGGAUUGAGUAUGGCAUGCGUAGUGAGUGCCACAGCAGUGUCAAGUUUAGGUGAGAGGGGCACAGCCUGCUAUAACACACCCCAGCUCUGUGUAGGUGUUCCAAUAACAUUCUACAUGUAUUGGAAGCUAAACAAAUAAUUACAUUCCAUUCAGUGGAGCUUGUGACAGUAAUGCAUUUUAUUGUUUUUUUAAUAUUUUGUUGGAAGCCGCCCAGAGUGGCUGGGGAAACCCAGCUAGGUGGGUGGGGUAUAAAUAAUAAAUUAUUAUUAUUAUUAUUAUUAUUAUUAGCCAGCAGCUCAUUGAAUGAACACACACACACUUAUGUUCCAUUUUGUUUGUAUUUUAGCCUAAACAUGCUUAAGAUUGCCGGUUGGGCUUGCCUGAUAGUUGUUUUCUUUUGCGGAGUCCUUGCCUUCAGCUACUAUCGGUAUGUGAAAUUAUUUCGGGCACUCCAUUUUGUGGACCCAGUGGUGUCAUUUAAUUCAGAGAUUACUUCAGCGGUUUCUUCAGAUGAAGCGAAGAAAUAUGAGUAACCCAGUUACAAAUUAUUACUUGUACUUAUUAAACUGUAUAUGAACAUACAAUACUGUAAUGUUUUAAACAAAUGCUGUAAUGUUUUAAACAAAUGCUGUAAUGUUUCAAACUAAGAUUAAUACAAGUAUACUUUUAAACACAAUUUUCUAACAUUCUCUAAAACCCUCAAAAGCUGAUCAUCUUAUAUUUUUCAAAAUCCCAAUCCCAAAUUGGUCCAUUCCUUCUGUGCAAUAAUUUUUUAACAAGAAAAUAAAAUAUUUAUUCAGGAAUGGUUCUGUGAUGUUAACAAUGACCUCUGGAUACUCAAGAACUGAAUCGUUAGCACUGGUUGUUAUUUUAAAUUUUGUUUUUAUUGAAGAUUCUAUUGUGCUACAAAAUAAACAAACAGACAAUGGAAAGAACAUAUAGUGUCUCCACUUUCAAUUUAUAGAGUUUUUCACAGUGAGUGAAUGUUCAGUGUGAGACACUAAUCCUUAGCACUGUUCAUAGUACUAUUCAUAAUGGUGGUAGAUAAGUGACAAGUUUGGGUGUUAGGACAAAUGUCUGUGUACAAAUAUUUAUAGCAAGCAAUAAACGUGUUCUCAAACUCUCUACCUUCCAUUCCAAUUUGAUAUAGCUUAAAAUUACUGAGACCCACCAGUCACAAAAUUGUAGCAGAGGGAGGCAGACUUUGGCGUAAUCAGCUAACAAUUACUGGCAUCAUUUUCUACUGAUACCUAAUCCCUCUUUGAAAUUUCUCAAGUUUUUUGCUUCAGAGAUUUUCUUGUGACAAGGAGUUCCAUAGCUCAGUUUCAUUCAUGCUAAGAGCAUACAUUGGCUGUAAGGCUGUUGAAACUCAGCCUCUCCAUUUUAGCCAGAAAUUUGCUAAUUUGGAGUAGAGAAAGAUUUUGCUUUUUAUUUCCUCCUCUCUUUCAUGUUUCCCCAAGUAUUUUUAUCCCUUGUCAUACUUAUUAUUCUGCAAACUGCCUGUUUGCUUCAACCCUCCUCCCUGUUCCUUUAGCAUUGAUUUCUUCCCUUUAUAACAACUUUUCUAUUACCAGUUUAUUGUUGUUAUUCUUUUUUUAAAAAAUUAACCCUGUAUCUCUUUCUCAUUUCUUUCAGCAUCUUUCCCCUGCCCUCAGAUGAGGGACACCACAUUUCCCUCCCCCUCUGAACUUCUUUGUCUCCCAGCCACCUUUACCUAGCAUAUGGGGAGCUGUUCGUGUGGGUUUCAGUCCAAUCAGAAGUCAAUGGCACAAUCAGGGGCAGGGGGAAGGAAGAGGCACUGGGCAAGCUGUGACACUGAAGUUCCCCAUUGGUCCUUGAUAAAUCAUUUAAUAAACACGGGAUACGGCAAAAUGUGGUUUAACAUGAGAAUGGACCAUUUAGCGUUUGUGUUCCCCCAAGUGUUACUGAACUCCUGGCAGCUCCAUAGGAAGGUGCCUUAUACCAAGUCAGAUCAUUGGUCCAACCAGCUUAGUACUGUCUACACUGACUGGCAGCUGUUCUGCAGGAUUUCAAGCAGGGGUCUCUCCCAACCAUACCUUGAAAUGCUGUGGAUUGAACCUGGGACCUUCUCCACACAAAAUAUAUGCUCUAUCAUUGAGCUGUGGUCUCCAACUAACAUGGCCAAUGGUUAGGGAUUAUGGGAGCUGUGAUGCAGCAGCAUCUGGAGGGCAACCAUUUCUCCCUAGUUUAAUAUUUUUUUAAGAAAGCAGUUUGUUUUUCCUUACAUUAAAAUGCUCAGAAAGAUAUACUGUAUCCUACACAAGAAUUCACCACCACUAAACAAACUCUCCCCUACCACUUUUGAUAUUCUUCUGAAUCAAAUUUGAUAUCUUUUUUUAAAAAAAAACCAUCUGAAAACAGCACAUUGCAAGCUUCAAAUCAAUAUAAAACAAAUUCAUUUCCUACACCAUUCAAACUCUGCUGUGGAAAAAAUAAAGUUAUUUUGUCAUAUGUGUAUACAGUAUAUCAAAACUCCGUAUUAGAACACCAGAGCUGAAUGGAAUUGGGAGCUGAAAGGGAACCUAGUAAUGAUCUGUGUAACAACCCAUUGAAAGUGAUUUACUGAAAAUGAAAAAAACAGUGUGAGAAAUGCAGCAUUCUUGUACAGCUCAUUGGUCUUUCAGCCUUGAUUUUAUAACUAUACUGUCUUUUCUUUGGCUCCCAAAUGCUAUGUACAAAACAGGAAAGGAGAUAGGGCACCAAAGGGCCACUCCAAGGUUUACUUAUUAUUCUUAUGGCCCCAUCCCUUUAUUUGCAUAUAAUGAGCACAUAUAUCUAGAAGGAAUUAUGUUUUCCAAGGUGCAGUGAAAUGGCUGUGGGUCAUCCUGGGAAAUAUAUUCUCACUUCAACCUGUGGGAGUGAGCAGCCUGCUCACUCAAGUACAGUACAGCAAUCAGGUGCUCUGUUUCUGCGCCACCAUUGGUUGAUAGAGAGAUCACGAGGCAGCUUUGAUUGCUACAAUGGUAAUUUGGGGACAUUAAUUGGACAGCACUGACAAAUGGCUGCUGGGCAGUCUGGGAGCAAAGGAUGGUACUAGGGGACUAAGCAAUUGGGAAGAGGAUGUCAGGGGAGUGUUGUGCCAAGGGACAGCAGACCUUUCUCAUGGUGAUUACAGCUUGUGCCCACAUAAAGAAUGAAAAAGGAAAAGAUAGGAAGCAGAACACGACCAUAGCCAUAUUUCACACCUGAAAUGUUAACUGCAUCCUUAUGCAGAUAACACGGAUGUGGUGAUCACCAUCUAUUUGUUCAUAGGUUUAAAACACUGCUACUGUAAUGAAUUUAUAGUCCUGUUCAAAUUAUAAUCUCAUUAUGGUGAAAUUGACUAUGAAUUAGGCAUAGCAACUGUCAGCGUCAUGUGCUUUCCCUACUUCUGUUCUUUGUAGAUGAGAAGAAAGAGCUGCUGCUUUCACUUUGGAAGAAAUCACAGUUCUCUCCAACGUACAAACUUGCAACUGUCGUUUGAUAGCCUGGUUUGCCAAUUCCUUUGCUUAAACCGAGUUUCCCCAGGUUGCACAUAAUGGGAGUCUGUGAUCUGUUAUAAAAAGAACCUCCUUUUGCACAUGAAGGAGAGGAGGCCAGCGAUUGAUGAUGUUAAGCGCCGCUUGCGAGGCGAGGGGAAGCAGAAGCACUGCAAAGGGGCUUCCAGAUGGGAUCGGGCGCUGCACACGCCCGCUCCUGAUCCCCCUCUCCUCCUCCACCCUAUUCCAGCGGGCGCACAAGCCCACAAAGAAGCAAAAGGGCUCGAAUCCUGCGUGCGCCCUGGCAGCUCCUCCGCCACAGAAGGGCUUCUGAGCCCCUCAGUCAGCUGAGGGCAGCGGCGGCUCCUCCACAUACCCACCGGGCCCCGCACCCGUCUCCCUGGCGCCAGCUGCCCCCGCCUCGGGUCACACGAGGCGAACUUUCGCGCGGACAUUCGGAAGGCCGUUGGUCGAGGAACCCUCGCGCAUUCUAGCAGCCAGAAGAAGGCAGAACUGGGGAAAAGACUCCCGCUUCUUCCCUUUGGGCUGCCGGGAAACAUGCUUCCUCCCGCGCUGCAUGCUGGGGGUUGUAGUUUGGGCGCCUCACCUCCCCGGCGCUGAAGAUGUGGGCAAGCUGGAAGGGCUCCUUCGCGAAAGCCGUUGGCCGAGAGGGGAGGAAGGGGCGCGCGGGCGGCGCAACAGCCGCUCCUCAGGGAAGGUCACUUUUGCGCGUCCCCCGCGACCCGUAGGGGCGGGCAGCGGCAGCGGCAGCAGCCCGGAGACAAACAAGAGAGGCGGAGCUGCGCUGGGCCCCACCCGGGUGCCGGUGGCGGCUCUCGGCUCGCGUCUGCCGAGCGCGGGGCGAGGAGGCUUCGUGGGGACGCGGCCCCGGCUCCCCUCUUUCCCUCAGCGGAGGCGGCUCCAUGCUGCCGGCGGCUCCGUCGCGCCCCUCAGCCAGAGGCCGGACGAGGAGGCGGCGGCCGCCCGGGGGGCCUCCCGAGAGCGCCCCGAGGCCGCCGCCCGAGGCCUGAGAGGGACCCCCGCCUGGAGUCGCGCGAGGGGAGAAUGGCGAACCAGCUGGUGAUCCUCAACGUCUACGACAUGGUGAGUGGGCGACGGAGCCGGCCGUCGGGGGCCUGCCUGCGUUUGUCCCCGCAACUCCACUCCCCGCCAGGUUCAACGCUCACAUUUCUCGAGCUCGCUCUCUCAUCUUUCGCCCUGGGCUGCUGCUGCUCUGCCUCCAUAGCUCCUUCCUUUCCCAAACGCCACAGGAGUCUCCUUCUGCGGCUCCUCUGCGCUCACAUGUUUCUUCCCCCACAUCCUCCUUCCAUACAUUGCUGCAACAGCAGGAUGCUGGUUUAAAUGCUCCUUUCAUUAUCCCCUUUUUGCCCUGGAAAGGUACAAUAACAAUUUGGAAGCGAGGGAAUUAUUAAGGGCUCUAAAGUUAUCGCAACAGGUGUGUGAAUUUUCAGUUGCCUCUCUUUGGGUGUUGGAUUCGUGCCCAUCUCCAUCUUUGGUACUUUGAGUUGAUUUUUGUAAUGUCAUGCAUACAAAGAAAGAAUGAUAGUGUUUUAAUAAGGAUCUAUCAGAGUUGGCCAGAACACAAUCCUCUAGUUUCUUACACUCUGAAUUGCCUUGAGGACUAGAGCCUUACACCACCAUUUUUGCAUGUACAAAGAACCUAAGCUGGUUGCGGGGGCGGGGGGUGUGACUACUUAAAAGAUCAAAUGACAAGACCUGGACACAAGUAGAAACAUAAUAUCUUUUCAAACAGGUUAGCACUCGUGUAGUCAGGUGGCCUUAAAGUCUAAAUUAUACUACUGUACUGUACUGGUUUAUCAUGUGAGGAAAAACAUUGGAGACAUUUAACUCCCUGUUGCUUUUGGCUAAAGUGUUGCAAUCUUUGACUUUGCCAGCUCAUAAAUGACACACACCAUUCCUAUCUAGUUAUCUGACUUCUUCAGCAUUGCACAACAGCUUCUUAAGAAUUGCAGAAAGCCAGUGUGAAUUGAGUGAAUUGACUGUCAGAACAGAAGUGAGGAGACCUAGGUUCAAAUGCUUACCCAGCCAUGAAGGCUGGGUUCACUGUCUCUCUGCCUAAACUACCUCACAUGAGUGUUGUGGAGAUAAAAGAGGGAUUGCAGAGAAAUAUGUAUACCCCCUUGAGCUUCUUGAAAGAAUGAUGGGAUAUAAGUGUAUUUUAAAAAAUAACUUGAAAAAAUACAGUGAAUGUUUUUAUUAGCUGCAAAUUUCUACAGCUCAAAGAGUAAAUUUUCCGUAUUGUUUAAGUUCAAAUAAAUUAGUUUAGCCAGAAUGGCAUUGGAUAAUAGGUGCACAGUCUAUUGACAUGCUAUUCACCUGGUCCUAAUGUUUUAUACCUUGGCUAACAAGCAGCUGAAGCAUGGGUUGCCCCGUCAAGUAAAACAGUAGAAAUACUUAACUAACUGACCAAUCACAUCAGUUCACCCCCCCCCAAAGUCCUGUUCCUCCCAAGCAAAGUCCUGUGCCCCCUAACAAAAAUCCUGGCUACACCCAUGAGCUGAAGUAAAAUAGCUAGAAAACAGGGUAGUUAGUUGAAAGUAGAAGAAAAUUGUGGCAUCAGAAACUUAAAGGGCUGGAACAUUUAAAGUGAGCUAGAACACUGAGAAAGUGCUAAAGUGCACAGAAGGGCACUGCAGCAGAAGCCAGGAGGAGACCAAAUGAGACUCAGAAGCUGAACCGAGAGUGUAAGUUGAUAAGUAGUGGUUUGGAUAGGGAAACAAUCCAGAAGACAAAGGGCUGGGAGCAUUUGUCGCUGCUGCUGUUUGUUUGUUAGCUCUGAUAUGUAGUUAAAUUGUAAAGUUAGGGCUGGAUUUAACUUGUGCUAGCAGAAGGCAGCACAACGAGUCCUGCCGGCACAAUGGGGCUUGUACUGAUGGAGCAAUCUUAAUAGCGUAACAUUGAAUUCCACCCUUAGUUUUAAUGAAAACUGUUCAACUUGUAUUACUAAAUCCUUAAGCAUAGUUGCUGUAGGGGGGAAAUCAGUUUGAGGUCUUGCUACUCACCACAUGCUUAAGUGCCAUGUCACUCCUACCAAUAUUAGGAAAAUGUUGAGCUAGUUAAAAUUCAUAAGGUUAAAGGGCUAUUUAGUGGAGGCAACCAGAGAAAAAUAAAAUGGCCACUUGGUAGUAGUGGCAAAGAUAAGAAGCGGUGGGGUGGGGUGGUUUGUCUGGUUUGCUUUCUGUUUUUCCUUCUCCCAGUGCAGACUAUAACCCAGGCCAUUCAUGGAGAUUAAGACUGCUAGUCAUUUAUGGCUUUUUUACCUCCAGGGUUGGAGGGAGUGCAACUCUAAAUAUCAGUUGCUGGGGAUCACAAGCAAGGAGUGUCCUUGUGCUCAUGUCCUUGUUUGUGGGCUUCCCAAGGAGAAAACAAAAUGCAGGAUCAAAUGGGCCUUGGGGUCUGAUUUACGUCAUGAAAGUUUGCUAUCUCUCCAGCUAUCCCAGGCAUCACCAACGUUUUUGGGCCUAAGGGAACAUAUGCAAAUCUAAGAAACUGUUAUGGGCACAACACACACACAAAUUCACAGAAUAAAGAUAGCUAGAACACCUAAACACCCCCGCCAAAACAAAUAAAACAGACAUGAAAAGCACAUUAUUUGCACUCAUACAAGCAGCCCCUGCAACCAAAAAAGAAGCCCCAAACCUUGAUUUUUUAAAAACAAAAAAUUGGGACGGGGAGUCUUGGCAGCAGCUGGAGAGGUAGCUCAGGGUGCCAUGGUGCCCAUGGGCAUCACAUUGGUGACUACAGAACUAACUUAUCCUCUUUUGAGGAUGAAAGGAAGGAACCCCUGCAUUCCUCUUAGAAGUGAAAUGUUGUAAUCAAUAAACAAAUACAAUUCCCUCCCCUUUGCUUAAUCUCAUUUGUAGAUGCCAACUCCUGGAAGCUGAGAAGAUUUUGCCCCCCCCUAAAAUAUUUGAGGGGGCUGGGGCCGCUCAAGUUGAUGGGUAUUGCCAAUCAAAUGGUGUGCAUGCACUGCGACAUAUGAUCGAUUGUGCAGGGCAUGGCUUAACUGCCCACCCCCCAAAUAUUUUAUUCAAGUUGGCACCCCUGAUCCCAUUGCUUUUUAUCCCCCCCCCUACUAUUUUAGGAGUUUUGUGUAUUGCUACCAGAAUAUUUCCUCUUUACCUUCUUAAACUGCUGGCGAGUUCAGCUUCUCUCUCCUGUUCCAUCCCUCUACCUGGUACUGUGUUGUCUUCUGCAUGACACACAUGGAUACACCCUUGUUGCACCAGACUUGGAAUGCAAGAGGGUGGAUAAAAAAAACCAUCUUCCUGUGGGAGCCUUGCAAAUCUAUUAUUUUUACAUUCUUCAGAGUAAUUGUGACCCAAAUGUAGUAGUGUGUAUAUAUUGGAUUCUUGUGCAUUCUUCCAGAAGCUGUCUACUUCCCUGAGCAUGCUAUCAGAGUGAACAAAUUCACUGCCAUGGUUGCUUCCAUGUUACAGAAUGCAAAUUAUUUUUUUGUUUGCAUGUUCAAAAACAAUGGGAAUUAUUUCCCAGAAACAAGAAAACCUUGCUGCUCUUGUAAUCUUUUUCCUGUUGUAUUUUGCUUAAUUCCAUCCAUUUUUCUUCCUCCUUUCCUGGAGGGCUGUUUGUAUGAUUAUAAAGUGAUUUAAUUGCCGUCUAUAAUGCAACAUUUGCCUAGUUCACAAGAAAUUAGAUGCAAUGGACAUCUAAGUUCUCUUCGUGUCCCAAUCUUUCCAAAAUGGCUAUUCUGACUAAUUAGUAAUCUUGACAAUAAUCUACAAUUAGGUAAUAGUGCAGCCUUGUGGGUUAGCCCCAGAGAGGAACUAGCCUAGCUAGAUGGUGAACCGAGAUGUGUUUUGUGAAAUUCAUUGUGUGAGGUAUAACUUUCAGUGCAUGGCAUUUGGGAGACAAAAGCACGAAGUGCUCUGAUCCCUUGUUGUUGGCAAAUUACUAUCCACUAUUUUUUGUUAACCUGUAAGUAGUUAAAUGUAUAUUCGAACUGAGAAUCCUAAAGCUAUUACAUAAAGACUGCAUGAAGAGAAUGCUCUGUAAAAGUCCCAAUAUGUGAAAGUCCCCGGAGUGUAAACUAACACCUAAUGUAUUCCCUAACUUUGAACAGUGUAUCCUGGAUCAGCAGAACCUCCCAAGUAACCUUUGGGUACAACUGUGACAUAUUGACUGAUUAUGGGGAGACUUACAAAGCUAGAGUGAGGGUGUAUUGCUUUGUAGCAAACAAAAAAAGGCACACGUCUACUAACUUGUUUAUUUUUCAGUUUGUAGUAUGACUGGUUUGGGAAGGUUUUCAAAGAUCACCUAAUGCAAUCUCUUAUGUCUAAUAUGCUCAAAACAUAUCAGGUUUUUUUUCUAUCCCUUGUUGAACCUUUUGGAAAUUUAUUUUCUAUCCAACUCAAGCUGGUGACCAUUUUCUCUGUAAGCAUUUUAUUACCACAAAUAGUUCCCUUUUACAAAUUAAGUCCAUGGCAGAGGACGUAAUUUUCCUUGUUUGUAGGAUAGUCUGAGGGAACUACUAGACCUAACAGGACUAAUGCAAGGGUGGUGUCAUUUGCAGAAGGUCUGGACUCUGGGCAAGAGCUGUGGGGUGCAUUUCUAUUCACAAUUCCCUGCUGCCCCUGCAUUUCCCAUGCAGCUGAGUUUCUUCUAGUCUCAAUUGUACUUUAUAUUUGCUGCAUGGUACUCACUUUUGCAAUCUUCAUACAUUUAAAGACAUCUUUUCAGGGACUUAGUUUUGGUCCAUACCAUCAACAUGGCUCAGCUUUCGAUUCCAGGUACAGAAGGUAAUUAUUUGUAAUCAUCAUGCCGGGGCAGGGGGGAACUAAUCCCCUCUCAGUGAAGUUCUUAUAAUUCUUCUAGUAGAUUGGCUGCAGAUUCAGUGGAACACAAAUUCCAUGGGUUUUUCAGAACGGAUUACAGUUGUACUUAUUGUUUUAUUGUUCAGUAUGUGCGGUUUCUGUAACCUUGCAAACAAACACAUGCAUUAUGUCAGUGUUAUUUAUCAGUCACAGGUAUUUUUAAGGAGAGGCUUCUUAACACAGUUUUGACACCUUGCGCACCAUACAGUGCUGCCGAGACAGGAUCCCCUCCCUGUUUUUGUGUCCAGCCGCCUGUGUUUUGUGUAGCAAUGUUAAUAAAGAGACAAACACUUGUAGACGUAAAGGUUUAAUCAAACAGCUAAGCAUUGCCACUGAGGUGAACCAGAAAUGAACUUAAUAUUUAAUGGUCCAGCUCUGCUAUUAACUGAUAUUUCCAGUGGUACAUGAAGCCAUCACCUUGUUGAACCUAAGUAGGUCCAGGUCUUAUCAGUGCCUUGAUGGGAGGCUGCUUGGAAAUCACAUAUUCAGCAACUUGGGUUAUGUGAAGGAAAAUGGGAUAUAAAUAUAAUAAAAAUAAAUAAAUAGUUUUCUGUCAAAUGCAAUCCAGUCCUGCCCUUUUGUACCCUGAAGGUUCUUUCAGUUCAGAGCUGUGGUCCUGUUGAGGCUCCCACUCAUUAAAGGGGCAGGGGAGGUAUUUUUUGCCAAUUCAACCUCACCACUGUAGCCUCAUGUAGCAUCUUCUGCUCCAGCUCUGCUCAGGCAAAUACAAGAGGCUGCAAGAGGAAUCUGCAAAAAUUCUCUCCCCUCUUUCCAUGUACAGGGCUGACCUCGUGAAUUAGAAAACCGUAAUCACAAUCAGUUAAGUUUCCCAUUUUCCUUUUUAGUACUGGAUGAAUGAAUACACUUCCUCUCUCGGAAUUGGAGUAUUCCAUUCAGGAAUAGAGAUAUAUGGCAGAGGUAUGUAUCACGCUUUAAUCUCACAUUGGUGCAAAGAAGCAGCUAAUGUACAUAGGACAUGUAGUGGUGGGUGGCUGGGAGGGAGGAAGGGAGGAAAAUAGCAGUGUCUCACUCCCUACAUUUCACCAUCUUAUUUCUGCAACAAAUAUUCUGACUGUUUAUUCAUGGUGUAGAUCAGUAUUGGGGAACCUGUGGCUCUGCAGAUGUUGUUGAACUCAAACUUCCAUCAGCCUCAGGCAGCAUGGCCAAUGAUCAGAUCAUACCUCUCCCAUGGUUUCUGCAUAUACUGGCCUCAGCGUAAUUGUUAUGGGAAUUUAAAUCAGUGUUCUCCAAAUGUAACGUAAACUUUUAUAUAAAUGUAUAAAGCACUGACAUUUGUACAUAUAAACUACUUUGUAGCAGUACUUCAGUUUUAACCUACAGCUGAUCAAAGCAUGUCUAUAAAAUCACCAGAAGUGAAAGUCCUACUUACAAUGAGUUGUGCAUAAAAUCCUGAUUUUGUAUUUCAGAAUUUGCUUAUGGUGGACAUCCAUACCCUUUUUCUGGAAUAUUUGAAAUUUCUCCAGGAAAUGCAUCUGACUUGGGAGAAACAUUUAAAUUCAAGUAAGAAGUUUUUUCAUUUAUUGGUGUAACCCAAAAUAUGUUUGGGUGAUUUAGAUUCAGACGUCUGUUGACUACAACCUGCUAAUUUUGAAUAGUACGUUUUGAGCAACCAAAAAGUAUCUACCCACUGCCUCUUAAUAUGAGAUACGGAACUUAAUGUAAUGAUUUGAGUGUUGGACUAUGGCCUGGGAGACCGGGAAUCGAAUCCUCACUUUGGGCCAGUCACCAUCUCUCAGCCUAACCUACCUCACAGGGUUGUAGAAUGAGGAGCAGAACCAUGUACACCACCUUGAGCUCCUUGGAGGAAAAGAUGAUACAUAUAGUAAUAAAAAAGUGAUAUGCAGUAUAAAGCACUAAUAAUUUUAACGGGCCUGUGACUGCAUAAUAAAUGAUUGAUUAUACAUUUGUAUGUACACAAAUCUGGAUUUACAGAGAGAUCUCUUGGAUAAGAGCAAGGAAGUGGUAGUGUAAAAGUAGUGAGGCCUUGUGGCAUGAAGUUCAAAAACAACCGGAGGACAAAAGCAGUGAAGUUUUAUUUUUAACACGAUAAUUUUUGGAGGUGUGUGCAUGCUGUCAAGAGCAAACGGGGAAUAAAAACAUAUCCAGUCUGAUUUGCAACAACUUUCUCUCUCUGCAACUGCCUCCACCCUCUUUUAUUUUAGAGAAGCUGUUGUUCUUGGAAGUACUGACUUCAUGGAGGAGGAUAUAGAAAAAAUUAUAGAAGAACUUGGAAAAGACUUUAAAGGAAAUGCCUAUCACUUAAUGCACAAAAACUGCAAUCACUUUUCUUCAGCUUUUUCAGAGGCAAGUAUUAUUUGUUCAGCCUGGGCAAAUGCUUGCCAUUACUUUUAUAAACACUUUAGUACUUGUAGGCUACAUAGGUUACAUAUGUAAUAUUAAUGUGUUUUCCAUAAAGGACUUGCUGGAAAUAAAAUGGUAGCAGCAACACUUUUCACUGCCACCUCCAGAGAGGAAGCUCUGUGGGUUUUUAACCCAGCUAGCCAAGUUAUGAAAAAGAGUGACCUUGUAAGAGUAAUCAGCCAUUCUUUCUCAAAAGCAAUUGGAGACCUUAACUUUUCCCCCAGUUGUUUCCAUUCAUAUAACUGGAAAGAAUGUACAAAACUGCAUUUUAUAAAGCUAUACCUUACAUAUAAAUGACUCAUACAGAAAACUGAUAAUUGUAACUUUCAUUUGAUAAUUUGAACUUUUGAAACAGCAUUAAUGAGGCACUAAAUGAUUUGUCAUACACUUACUCUUUAUCUUACCUAGGAGUUAACCCCAUUGAACUGAAAUAGAACUUUUGAAAUGGCAUGGCUAGGAUUGCGCUGUUGGGGUAAAAAAGGUCAUUCAAAAAUAUGUUCAGUUUUUGAUGCCCAGCAUACUGUUAUUUUCAGAAUGGACUGCGUUGUCUCAGAAUUAGAUUUAGUAUUCAUUUUGCCUGUCUCACAGGUAUCAUAAGGAAGGGUUCAUAUUCACUGUACUAUAAUUGACAGGCAUUUCAAUUCAGUGAUCUGUAUUUCAAGUAUAGAAACUGACAUGUACUUAAAAAAGCACUGGAUAACUUGUGGCAUUUCAUAUAGAUUCUCUGUGGAAAAGAAAUUCCUCGUUGGGUGAAUCGCCUUGCCUAUUUCAGUUCCUGUAUCCCCUUUCUCCAAAGUUGCCUACCAAAAGAAUGGCUUACACCUGCAGCUCUUCAGUCAAGUGUAAGCCAAGAGCUUCAGGAAGAACUGGAAGAAGCAGAAGAUGCAGCAGCCUCAGCUUCCUUGCCAAAGUCAGCGUCAGGGGCAAGAACUGGACAUCAUGCUAAAAUAUAG